GUUUCAGGGAUAAGCUCGGAGUUGACAAAAGCGACCUGUAUCAGUAGAAACAUCUCGGGCGUAGUUUAUAAUUUCUUUUUUAAUUUUACAAGUUUUUUCCUAAGUGGAUCACACAGCGGGGAGGAUUACGAUUUCCAGCUGCUCAUAUAACCCCCGAGCUGAGCGGAGGAUUUGGUCUACCCGCGGACUUGGACCACCACCGCACGGUAGAGAGAGAGAGAGAGAGAGGGAGAGAGAGGAAAGUGGGACUUUAUUGUUCGAGGCUAGCAAGCUAGCUGUGCCAGACGGCUUGUUUUUGUGUGUAUAUCGGACUAUAUGGCUGGGACUUACGAGCCAAUAUACGGACUUUCUGAAGAUGAGGUAAGCUUUUUGAUAAACACCGCUAUGGUGAUGUGUUGGCAGUCAGGGAUAUGAAUCUCUCUCAGGGGUCCAGCUAGCUAAUGUUACAUUAGCCGAAGCUAACAAGCCCUCACCCACGGCCACAUACCAUAGUAGUGCUCAGCUGUCAAUCCCUGCACCACUGUCUGCCUGUCCUUUUGUUAUUCGCCUGAAAUGAAUAGAUAAACAAGUACCUUGAAACAAACCUGACAGCCGAUAUAGGCGUUAUGACAGAGCUACACAAUCUAAUUCAUUCUCACCCGAGAAACAGACGUGUUGUCCAGAUUUGUGCACACAUACAAGGAAUCUGACUCCACUUCAACAUGCUCUCCAUGUAAAGGCAUCAAAUAAUCAAUAUAAAGAUAUUAUUUACAAGCAAGUUUAAUUUAUUAAGCAGAUCGUGCAGUAGUGAGAGAUGAGGAUAAAACUCAAUAUAAUAUAAUAAUGUAACCGAUGGGAUUGGUUUGCAUGAUAGCUCUAUACUGUAUUCAGUGUAAGAUGGUGUGCAUGAAUUCGUCUAAACUAAUGCAUCAAAGAGUUGCUUUGAAGCCCAGAUGUGCAGAUGAUAGAUUGACAAAUUCCUGUAACAGAGGGGCUGUAUGAAAAGUUAAACUCCUGUGGGAGGCGUUCAGUUUAUAUGUUGAAUUAAUCUCUUUAUUUGUUUAGUUAUGUGCAUACAUAAAUAGUGUUUGUAGUUCAGAAACUGUCAUCCAUCUAGGGCUGGACGAUAAAACAAUAACUAUAUACAGGGUUUCCCCUACAUCCUAUUGAUCGUGGCGCACCGCCACGGCUAAAUAAAAGCUACCACACCUAAAAAAAAUAAGUUUUUAUCUCACAUAGUUCUACCUCGGACUCAUAUGUAUCAACAGUGUUUCCCCUACUUUCAUUCAGCAGCGGCGCACUGUGUGAGUAAAACAACACACAACGCUAUUUACGACUUGUUGUGAGUCAUCAAGGAGCGCAUCAAAUCCUAUCGGACACUCCUGUAUCAAUGUGAAAGGUAACGUUCAAGCUUAUACACAGUCUAUAUAGCAAGUAGCAUUAAUAGCAUUAGUAGCAUUAUUAUCAAUGCGGCACUAAUGAUUUCUACUCGCACUGUGUGAGCACAACAACACACGUUACUUUUGACUUGUUAUGAGUCAUCAACAAGCGCAUAAAAAUCCUGUCAGACCCUCUUCCACUAACGUGAAGGGUAACGUUUAAGCUUAUACACGGUCUAUAUUUUGCGAGUAUCGCAGGUAAAGUAAUGUGAAUGUAACAGCGUAGCUCCUGGAGCGGGAAACACUGUAUAUAAAUCGAAAAUUAAUUUCCCUCAAUAUCAAUAUAAAACAUGGUUAAUAUUCUUUUUGAUAGUCACCAUUUUGACAUGUUUUGGUCGACUAUACGAAUAGCCAAUGAAAAGGGGGGUUGCUCCAGGUCCGCUUCACGCUGAACCAAUCAUGUGCUGAAUUAAAACCAAGUCACAAACAACUGAGUAGUUGCAGGCUGCAGCUACACGCAACCAUAGCACUUUAACAGGUGAAGCUGACAGCAAUAAGCACUGUUAAAUUUCCUUUUUUAUAUUGUGAUAUAUAUAAAUAUCGACUGAUAUGAAAAAAAAUAUUGUGAUAAACUUUCUCCCGUACCACCCAGCCCUACAUCCAGCUUUAUGAUAUAGUCACAUGCACCACUGUUUACAACCUCUGCUUUAAGAAGUGUAAAAAACGGUGUGCUGUUCAUCACUUCAUCUGACACUUACCUUUCUGCUGCAGUGUAGUUCAUAACUAGACAGAGACUCCUCACAGGCUAACCACUGUGUCAGACUUAAAUACAUACUUCCUCUGGUUUAUUGUGAUUUGACCAUUAAGUCAUUUUUAUGACAUAAGCUGAUCCAUGUAACACACAUCUUCCCUCUUGAAAAGUAAUACCAUAAUGCUCAUGUGUCUGUCUACAUGGCCUGCACAGUAGUCACAAGUCAAACAUGAGGAGGACGCUGCUGAGGGACAAACACAAUAAUUUGCCAACCGAGCAGUUGUCAUAUUAGCCACCUACCUAUCUGGCAUUACUAAUGCUGUCUAAAAUAGGCAGGCUGGGUACUUUUCUAUGAUCCAUAUAAGAGACUAAAAAUAAAUCGGCAUUCAUUCAUUCAUGGCUCUCAGUGAAAAAUAGAGGUGCAACUCUGUGGAGUUUGCCAACUGCUUUCAUCAGUAGGCCACUGUGAUAACAAGAUGGAGGGAAGAUUUGCACACAAGUUUUGAUUUUAUGAAAGUUCACAAUGCAUAUGUUGAAUAUGAGAUACAAUGAACAUGGAAUUGACAUAUAGAUCUACUUGUAUCUCACGUCACAGUUUUUCAGCCAUGAGAAUAGACAGCGACGAAUGUUGUUUCAUAGUCUUUCUGAAUCUGUUUUCUUGACAUAACUCCUGUAUUUUCAUAGCUUUGUGAGGCGCCUGUCUAAUCUGUCAUUCAGUGUUAGAGGGGGUGUAUGCCUGUAACACAUUUCCACACACUGCAACACAAAAGACUUUGACAGGAAACGACUAGGAUUGGGUUAGCACUCACAGUAUUACAGCAGACAAGAAAUCACAAGCACGAGUAAAGGUUUACAUGGAGAACUGAGGGUCCACAUUCCAUGGGACACUCACUCCCUUAACUAUGAGGUAGAUCUCCUGUAACGCUACACCCUCUGAACAAAAAGCCUUGGCCUGAGGUAACAGCUGGAUUGGCCUGACCUCUGAACUCCCCCCAGAAUUCCCUCCUUUGCUGCAUACUCCAACAUUCGUUGAAUGCAAAGUUGUGAAUGAAUUUGCUUCCAGGCUCUACUUAAAUCUCAUAAUCUCUGCACAGAAACUGCAUUUUCUCAGUGGUAUUCGGACUCUUUUUCUAGUUGUACUAAAUCUGUAAACCAAGCACAGUAUAGUGGGAUUAAGCUUAACCUACAGUUUCUGGAGGUACUGAAGGAAUUAGAUGUAUGACAUCAUGUUGUAAGGGGAUUUGAAAGCAGCAGUACACUUGACCCUCUAUAAUAUUAUGUUAAAUUUGGUACUAUAACAUUAGUAUGAUACGUUAUUGUUAGAUAAAUACCACAGGUUUUAAAGUUGAAGGUUAAACUUGAAGCUCACAUGACAGCUAAAUCGGAAAGUUGCCAUUGGCAUGUUACCCUGUUGGCUGGUAGAUCUGCGGCGUGGCUAGUCCCUCAGCAGUAUGCCACCUAUUUACUGUACAUCUUUUGUCUUUCUUGGAAACACAAGUGUUAAUAGUAAGGUAAAUAAAGAAACGUAUGCAGUACCCUUGUGCAUCGUUUGUGUGAAGUAAAGCUGUGGUCUCUUUAUGCUCUCUGUAUGAUUUACCUCCAAAAAAUGUCAUACCUUAAGUUCUUGAAAAUGUGUAAUUCAAGAUAGAGUGUCUCAGAUCAAACCAAAUCUAUAGUCAUGUCAGGGUUAUUGCUUUCAAAAAGGCAGGCAAGUGUGGUUAGCUGCAUGACUGUCUGAAAUGGCUUGAUUGUAACAUUGUGAGAUCAUUUUGGCUCAAGUUUAAUGCAAUGUUUUGAUCCUUUGUCUCUUUCUUUUCUUCUGCAGCAUGAAACUAGAGUGUUGCGGGUUAAGGUCAUUGCGGGAAUUGAUUUGGCGAAGAAAGACAUCAUUGGAGCGAGGUGAGUAUCGAGGAAACGCCAGAGGAUACUCUUGACAUAAGAUUUUUUUUCACUUUUUAAUGCCACUUUUUAAUGUUGUCAUUGUUAGAUUGAUAUAAAGGCGAUAAAGGAUAUGAGGGAUGUGUCUGUGCUCACAUCAUUAAUGUGUUGUUGCUUGUACAACUGUUUUGUAAGAGACAAUAUUGAAACAAUGAGCUCAGUCUAUCAGUAAAGAGACUAGGGGGAUAUUUACACGAGAAAAACUAAACAUGAUGGCAGAGUACAUAACCUGUAGAUGUGUUUUUGCAUGUUGCAUGCUGCUUAAGGAUUCUUGGGAGCUGCUUUUCUCUGUUUUUUACACCUUGUGCAGCAGUGUUUUGAACUUUUACUCCUUCCUUUUGCUUACAGAGUCCUUGAACUGUCAGUGUUAAUUAAUGAUUACCCAUCCUGCUCUCCUGUAUUACCCAUAACCCACAUCUAUUCAGUUUUUCAAGAUAAAAGUGAAGUACCUUAUGAUAAUACAUACCCUUUCUUACAUAGCAGAAGACGCAGUUGUUAAGUCUUGAUAGUCUGAGCGUCUUGAUUAUUCAAGGGCCUUUCUCAAACACUGUCCGACUUCCCUUCCCGGGCAUAACGCUGUGAUGAAGUGCAGUCCACUUUUAGCGCAACUUUUAUGUGAUGUUGCAUAACACCCCUCUGAGAAUUUCUAUUUGAAGUCUGCGUUAAGUCCUUUUUUUUUGCAUGGCUAAGCACUGUAACUCCUGCCCUCUGAAUUUUAAUUACACACCUCUCACUGUACCUGCAGCACUAGAACACUGGGAUCAAUUAAUGAUACACCAGGUGGCCACCAAUCACUGCUGAAUCCUUUAUCAUUUUUGUUUGUGUGCCACACACAUGGAAAUUUCCACUCACACUGGGUUUCUCUCAGACCGGAUUAAACCACUAAUUCUGUCAGCUUACUUUACAGACACUACUACCUGUUUGAUUUUAUGAUUUUAGAUGAAAUAUUAGAAGUUUUAUCUUCAGGGUGUCAAAACUCACAUUUAAAACAGUUUAGGAUCAUUCUGCUGGACUUCAUGGGAAAUUUGCUUCCAGUGACAUCAGUAGUGAAGUGAAUAACAAGAGAGAAAGAGAGUGAACGUUAGUUGAGGCUACUCCAACACAGAGUUGAUACAAUAUUGUGUUAUCUCUCUCAUUCUCUUUCUCAUCUGCACUGUUCGAAUUAACAAAUCAGUUCCCACAUAAAAAAACAUGGAAAAAUACCAACAGAGAAUAAAAUUCAGUAUGGGAAAGACUGUGUCCACAGAGGUUCAUCAGACAAAUACAGAUCUUCCACUUGAAACUGUUUUAUUUCUUGAGCAUCUACAGACUCUUAUCAGCAAAGCACUGCAGAUUUUUGAAGUUGCCUCUAAAUAACUUAUUUAAAGUCAGCUCUAGUCAGCAGCAACUAGCGGUAGAUUAAUUAAUGCAUGCAUAGUGGCAUUGCAGGGCAACCCCCUUACUUGUUUUUGAGCAUCUUAAAAGAAAGAAUUUGUUUCCACAGUUACAACUAGUAUUUUAUGGCUGAUUUAUUAUAGUAUCAGAUAACUGCAGUCACUUUCUUAUUCCUUGGAACACAGGAAUAAGCCACAAUUCCUCGUAGAUUGUAUCUUUUUCUCAAAACUUGAUCUGAUUUGAAGUUUUGUUUUGAGAAUCAAAAUACCCACAUAUUCAGUAUCUGCUGUUCUGUGGCUCUGUUAACAACCUUAAAAGCCCUCUUGAAAGGAAAUUCUUCGAGGGCUGAAUGCUCAUUGAAGACUUGGCUGAACUCUUUGGCCUCGAUCGUUGGAAAUAUAAUGCAAAUGCAUGCUGCAGUAUGGCAGGAAUGUCAUUUCAAGAAAUACACAGACCAGUCUGCCUUUAAAAAUAAUAUAGACUGGCUUUAUCUGUAACAUCAGUAACACAAGGUCCAAUGAAUAUAUGAGAAAAUUUACUAUUUAGAGCAACUUUUUAGAUCAAAAUUACAAUUAACAUAGGUAAUUCUUGCGAGUUAUGGAGAAAAGAUUUCUAAACUGCAACUUUUUAGUUUGGUGUUAUCUGUCUGGAUUCACCAAAUGACGCAUGUCAGCCUCAUCUACAUGUAAACACUGCUCAUACUGUUGCUUAUAGUCACACUUUGUAUCUGAGCGAUGAGAAAGCCGACAUUGUCAGUGAAAGUGCCUGGCAUGUUUAGCGCUGUGUGAAUGGUACUCUCAUGCCAGAGUGCAUGUUUUAGCAUCCUGAUGUCCUGCUGGCAGGUCGGCUCAGCCCCGGCUAGGGAGAAAUCUGAACUGUAAUGAAGAAACGCUGAAUGAGGCCUGGAUGUGUGGCGAGCUACCACAGGAGGAGACAGUGCUGACUUGGCAGUCUGUCACCUCAUAAGAUGCUCAAACAGAGCUGGCUUGUUCCUCUCUUGUUUUUGCUCCAAACCAGUUCCUGUUGCUGCUGUAUUCAGUCGAACAGCUACUUUGUUCAAUUGUUUUCUGCUGUUAUUCUGGAUUACAUAAAUUACCCCUAGGUUAUGUUUUUGUUUUUCCUGUGAGGUGUAGACAGAAACUCGAGGAACAACAGCCCUAACCGAGCUGCCAUUUCUCACCAGCAGCACACGCUAGCUUUCAUCUGCCAUCAGCCAGCGCUGACCUGAAGUAGCCAUCUCCCUCGGCAGGAUCCUUGUUGAUAGAAGGAAGGAGACAAGAAGGAGUCUCAGAGCAGUCACGAUACAGUAGACCCAUUGUUUUUGUUUGGUCACACAGCACAUCACAGAAGCGCACAAACACACAAUUAGAAACUGUGGGGUUCCCGGAGACCUUAAUUAGCAAUCAGGCGGCUGCAGUUUUGUGCUUAGGGUUCGUCUGCAGCUCAUUUUUAAGAUAUUUCCUUCUCCUCUUGGCUUUUCUCCUCUGCUCAACUGCUUCCCGUAAAAUCAAUGUGAGGCUGAGCUCCAGCUGGCUGGCUGAAUCUAAUUUUGGCCAUAUCCGAACUGAAAUUAGAUUGCUCUCUCGUAUCGUUUCUGGAUGGUAAAAAAAAAAAAAAGAUCCCAUGGAAACUCGUUAUGGCAAAUCAGAUUUAAAACACAUUCAUAGAUGGUUUAAAAUGUGAAUCAAAUUGGAAUUUUAACCUGGUGUGAUGUGGCUAGCCGCUGCAAUCAAAUGUCCCAGUCGCCACACAGGAAAUGCAACACAUGAAACCGACGUCUCACCCAGAGUCUGCAGGAAAAGACCGGUUUUGACUCUGUUGUUGUCAUAGGGGCAGGUUGAGAGCUCUCUAACCAGUGCUUCUCUCAUUCUUACUUCCACAUGAGAGGAAUGCACCAUCUGUUAGCUUAGAUGUGUGUGUAGAUUGAUUGGAGUUAUUUCAGGUCACACACUAGCUUUAUGGGGAAAAGUGACUUGUCUUACCUUAGAUAUUUGAUUACUUUACAGACAGAAAAUUGAUGAAUAACUACUGUUUUUUUCAAGCAAAGAUGCUCUGCAUUUUAUCCUGAGAUUAAAAAAUGGUUGUUUUGAGGGUGAAAAUCUGGGGCCUCGACAUUUAAAAAAAUGUUUUCAGUGUGCAUCAUCAACAAAAGUUACAUAAAGGCAGAUAAAAAAAAAAUUCUCUCAAGUGUUUUGGGCAGAUUGAUUAAAAUAUGAAUCGAUAGAUUAUUGGCAAAAGAAUAUCGCUUGUUGACACCUGACCCCGUGUAAGGUCAUCACUCUGGAGUCUGGAUUUGGAUAUCCUGGUUGCAUAUGAAAAUGCAGUAGAUCUACCGUGAAAAUCACACAUGGUGUUCAACAUGAUGCAGAGGGUCAGAUCAGAGCUCUCAUGUUUGGAGUUUCCCAUCCACUCAUCUCCACUGAAGUACUUGAGCGCACAGUCUGUCCUCAGCACUCAUCCCUCUUCAUUUAUCCAUUCAGAUCCGUCCCUGCGGUGAACGUCCGUUCUUCUGUUUCAAGUACUGUGCAGAAUUAUGUUCAAGGACCCUUCGUCCAAUAUGCAGGAAGAGCAGCUACUCUGGACGUCACUUUUUAGAUCAAUAUCAACACAAUACAGACAUUAGGCAAACAUGACAUUUGGGGAAGAUACUUUUUGAAUUGAUCAAUAGUUGACAUGCUCUUCUUUAAACUGAAGAGACUAGCUGUAAGCUUGUAUAUUAAAGUGACCAUGAUAUCUACAAAUUAACAGCUGUAGUUGCAUGAAAGUGAACUUGUGUAUAUCCUCCCUGUUAAUCAAUACUGGUUUUAUGCAUAUGGCGAUAUAUGUAUUUGAAACAAUCACAGUUAGUGUCAACAAUAUGUUACUAUUAUCACAUACGUUGAAUUUAACCCUGUAUCAUCAUACAUAUUGUCUAAAGUCGUUUUCUUGCUUCUACCUUCUUAAGUGUGAUUGUGUAAACUAAAAAAUGCUGUCAGAGAUCGCAGACCAAGAUUUCAGUGUUUAAAUUCAACUUGUUUUCAACCAGCCGAAAUCCCAUCAUCACAAAGACAUAAUUUCUGUGUAUUUUAUUAUUUAAAUUAUAAAUAUAGUAAUUUGUGGGGCUGUUUAAUAUCAACAAGAAGGUUUCAGAAACAUGGAGAGAGACCAGCUUUCAAGUUUUUACCUGAAUGAAGUAAAAUAUGAGUAUGCAUGUGCUGGUGGCAAGAACAUCUCCUUUGCUCAGACUGUGACGUAGACACUGACUUAGUGGAGUGAUACCUGACAGGACAGCUGUAUUUCUGACAGGGGAGAAAGGCAAACUUCCAUGCAGGCAGUUGCAGGCCUGAAUCUCAUAAUUAUUUGUACAUUUUCAUCUGAGUGUGAAGCACCAAAAUACAACCAGUUCAACUACAAUGCAUUCAAGACACAACUUGUGAAAAUUGCUGUUGAUGUGUGUAAAUGUAUGAAGAUUUUACUGAAAUACUGUUCAAAAUCUGUGCACUGAGACGGUCUUCAGAGAAGUUUCUCCUUUUUAAAGAGGAUAUAACCUGAAACUGUACCUGGUCCUGUCUGUUGGGACUGAGUUCAGUAGAGUAAUUGGUCUGUCUGGCGAAUAGCACAGCUCUGCCUCUUUAUCCAGAACCCGCUGGGGAUUUCUACCCAGUCAGCACCUUCAAAUAAAGCAAUUGGCUGUUUUUAAAUAGCGCAGUCACCCUGCUUACUAUUUGCACUGGUCUCAGGAAAAUGUUUUGCAGUCUCUAUUUUUAGCACUCUGCUUUGUCAAUAAGACAUUAUAGCCUCAUCUCAUAAUACCCAAAUGUAAGCAGUUUUUUCCCCUGUGAGGUUGUUUGUGGAAGGCUCGGGUUACAGGUAUGGAAAUAAGCAGUUUAGUCAAGUAUUAUGGUCACCUGCACGGUGUAAACAGUCAAUAAGAUGUUACAGGAUGGGGAUCCUUAAUUAUCCUUAAGAUCAUAAAUGCGCCCAGAACUCGGGGUUGAUACUUGAUGCUUGUCCAGAGUUGUAAUUUUCAAAGAUGUUCUUUCUUAUUCCAGUCAUAGUUUCUGUCUCUCUGCUCGAGAAAAGAGUAGAUUAUUGUUCGCUACUAUUAAAUAAAGAUUAUUUUUGAAAUGUUUUUGUUCUAUCUGCAAUAUCAUUUGCAUACUUUUGAAAUAUUGUUUCCAAAACAUUCAUUAAAAGCCAAUAGAGCCGUUAGAAAAUUAACAUACGUUGUUGCACAACAGGAACUGUGAAAAGCUUGUGAUUGUCUUUUUAAUUGAGUUAUUUUUCUUUCUGCAGCGAUCCCUAUGUCAAACUCUCCCUCUAUGUCGCGGAUGAAAACAGAGAGCUUGCCUUAGUCCAAACAAAAACUAUUAAAAAGGUAGGUCGCAAGGUAAGACAUGACUUUGUUGCAUGAAUCUUAAGUGUUUUGUCUUUAUACUGUCUUUGUAGCGUCAGACCUCAUAGGGUCAGUGUUUUCUACGAUAGGGGACAAGCCAAUCCUGCCACUCCUGCACUGCACUUCUACUACAAAGCCUUUUAGAUGUGGUUUUGUUCACUUCCCUCUAAUCACACAUGUUUGAGAUCACCAAAAUCUACCCAACAAUGCCACCCCCCAACAACAACAGCUCAUUUCCUUCAAAUCAAGGUAAUAGCGCAAUCUUGGAGACUAGAGGAAGUCACCAGAAGGCAGUACUUCCUUCCUUUCCUUAGGAGUGAGGAGGGAUACAGCGGACGAGCUCUUUUCCCCCCAGUGGCCUAUUUUAGGGAGCAAGUUUGUUCACAGCAGGGGGAGCUAUUACUUGCUAUAAUAGUCGACUCCAUCCAGAGGAUAUCUUAAUAUGAAAGUGGGCUGUGAUUCUGAUACUAACAUUUAUAUUCACUUCUAACAUUGUGGCUAAAUGACUCAAAAUGAAGCUUAAUUCAUCCAUCCAUCCAUUUUCUACCGCUUAUGUUAAUUAACGGCUCCACUGCUGAGAGUUUCACACACAGCUCGUAAUCUGCAAGCAGCUCCACAUUUCUCUGCAACUUUCACCUUCCGUGUCGGUUAAGGUUGGCUACUUGUAGCUGUCAGCCGGCUCUCUGUCGGAGUCAGGCAGCUCAGGCCUCCACGCAGGCAGACAUAUGCUGCCAGUGGCUAUGGCUGCCUUAUUGGAUAUAAAUAGCUGACAAUGCACCGCUCUGUGGAGGAGCAGAGAAAGAAGCAGCUCUGCUCAGCUCUUCUAUGGGCUCUAUGUGUCUUUAAGUGGGACACCUUUGAAGGCGUCUUUGUUGCGAAUGCUAAGAGACGAGCUUUAGGCAAUAUGGCAUGAAAAAAAGACGGCAAAUAUGACUGGGACUCGCGUCACUUAACUUGAAAGUACUCUGGGACUUCCUAUACUGAACCUGCUGUCUGUACUUCUCUGUGUUUUUCCACUAUCUGAUCAAGGAGGGUUGGAUAUAUUUUUGGUAUAAAUUGGCUUUUUGUCAAAGGGCAGCAGGUUCAUUUUUAAUUCUGGUCUGUCAGCAGUUGUUUUAACAGAGGUGUUAAUUUAUCACCAUCGUAAAAUGUUGAAAAGUGUUUAUUAAUCAGAGUGACCUGUGAAUUUAAAGCUUUCAUUGACAUUCUGGUGUUUAACUCAUUUCAGUCACUGAAGGAAUUUUAAUGAGAUGUGUCACAUAGCUCUCAGUCCAAUAAAAUAUCAAAUGUGCGAGACAGGAGCAGAGAGCCUGUGUGUAUCAACAUCGUAGGCUGAUCCAUGAAGAAAGUGGGAUCAAAUCCUCACAAUGGCGUUCAUCUCAGGAUGAACGCCAAUCACUGGGACAUGUUGUUUGCCAUAAACUUCCUUUUACAACAUAAGGGGAUUGUUCUGACGCACAUGUUCGUGCUGAAUUUUUCACCUGGGCCCAGUCUGAGUUUGAUAGGGUUCAUAACUCAUGUGUUGUCUCCUGUGUGACUCAAUGACAGUGCUGUCUGUGCGUUAGUGAAUUUAACUCUUAACAUGCUUUUGCUUUUUAUUCCAGACCCUCAAUCCCAAAUGGAACGAGGAAUUUUACUUCAGAGUGAGUACAGAUUUGGAUCCUUUUCUGCAAACUACAGUGUGUCAGAUUCCCCUUCUUCCCAGUAUCCACCAUCAUGAUGGCCGCUCAUCGCAGCGGUCUACUCCAGAGUGUUGUUACAACAGUUGCUCAUCUUUGGUUGUAGAUUAACUGGGAAUUUCACCUCUUGCAGCACUCGUCACAACACUAGUCACAUGAGGUUAUUCCUCCAUGUUUAUUUAUGUAAAGGGUAAUAUACAGCCAGCAGGUCAUCAUUGGAGAAACAAAGCUUGAUUGGUUGAUGUGGAAGGGUCUUGUCCCACCAUGAAGGGGGUUAUUUACAUAAUUCUUUCUCUUUCUCGAUUUAAAAUUGACUUUUUUUUAACCCCUGUUAAAUUAUUCCAUUUGUUGUAACUGUGUCUACCUACUGUUGUCUGUUACCUUCCCAGAGCUUGCCCACUCCUCUGUUAUCUUACAUCAAAUCAAACAUUUCUAUUGUUGAAUUUGACUAGAUAAAUGAUACAGAGCCUUGUUUAGGAAAUUUAGCCUUUUUAUAGUCAAAGUCUGUUGACACCUUCUCAUGAUAAACUCAUCUUUUCACACAGACAUAGCCCACACUGGAUUCUUUAAACUGUCUAGCUUACUACAAAGCUCAUUUUUCAAGUAGUUUCCUUUUUUUAGAAAUUUAUGAUCACUCUUACUUUAUUCUCCUUCUAUUUUCCAAGGGUCACCUCACUUAAUACACGACGUUUAAUCAAACAGCUUCUUUCUUCUGAUUGCUAAAAUUAGCAUUAGAAAUGAACUAAUAAAUCGACCAACUGAUUAAUUAGGAAGAUUAAUUUCAUAAUCUGCAUCAUAUCAGUACUGGCUCUCAUAAGACUAGUAUAAUUAUCUUUCCUAAUUAAAAAUCACAUUUUUCAUAUCACCUGAAUAUCGUACUGAGCCAAACAUUAUUCCAUCUACAUUUAGCUCUCUGAAGUCCAUUUUUAUUUUUUAUUAAAUUGUUAUAUUUUUGUUAAAUGCUAAAGAAAUCUGUUCACACAUAGUCGAUACCGGCCACUUUAAAAGGCUGGAUCUGCUCUGGGCCUGUCAUAUACAGUAGCAGCGGUCUGCUAUAAAGAAAUAACAGACCCUGAAAUAUCAUAAACGAUCAAUGGGAAUAAAAAUUCAGUAAUGCUGCUGAAAAAUCUAAAUUCAGGCUUGUGCAAUGAUGAAGCACUUAUAACCUUUUAGCCCCUGUAGUUGAAAAUAGUUACUGAGUAUUCGUAUGUGCGUGUAUAUGCGUUGGCUUUCAGAAUCAGUGGAUGACUAUCUCUCCUCUUCUUUCGCUGCCUACACAGGUGUGUCCACAGAAUCACAGACUACUCUUUGAGGUGUUUGAUGAAAACAGAUUGGUAAGCGUCACCUUUUAUUACCUCCUACGUUCUAAUCUCUCUGUCUCUAUAUCACACAUUUUUUAAAACACUCUGUCAUGUUUUGACAGCUUUUUCCAGCAGCUGAUUAAUCAAGUUCCACUUACAGCAAUUUUUUUCCAUUUUUCAAAUCCAGUUUGAUGAUUUUAUUGCUCCUGUAAAAUCUUUCGACAAUGUCAUGUCUUGAUGAAAUGCCACUUGAUUUACUUUGGCGUUGGCAGGCUUUUCAGCAACUCUUAAACUUAUGAUUCAAUCCAAAUAGCCGAUACAAUUUAGAUGUUCAACCAAUCUUUUUACUGCUGUAGAUGUGCUUUCAUUUAUGUAAUUGACGUAAUCUGCACCCUUUGUUUCCCCACAAUAAUCAGCUUGUAUAUUUGCUGGCACACUCACAGAACUGCUUUCACAGGAUUUCAUCUUAAAGGCCCACUCAAAGUAAAUCAAGCAAAGCAAAUCCAUUGCAUUUCAUGGAAAUCUGAACAGAGCCAGAGUGCAGACUGCUCGUUUUUGUUCUCUGCUUUAAGGCUUUCGUCCACCAGCGACCACUACAUUCCUUCUAAGUCAAAUUUCUCAGAUUUCCCCCACAGACGAGAACACUGGCUUCCUUGACUUGUGAAACCAAGCCUGUUGUCGGCCCUCAGUUGCCAUGACAACUGGAUUAAGUAUCUGCACAGAGUCAAAAGUUGCAGCAAUUAAAAGCAGCAUUAGUAGGUUUGGUAAUAAAUUCACUAACUGGUGCUUUUGGAUGAAACCUCCACCUCGACCCAUCUUCAGAGGAGAAGAAGUGCUUGUUGACAUUAUGGAGACUUUGUUCUGUGGAAGAAGUGAAAGCUUUUAGAAACUGGAGUGAUAUUUAUUUCUAAUGGCUUAUCUGUAACUCUUGGGUCUCCAUGCAGAGUUAGAUGUUUGAUAAAACAAACAGCCGAUGCAGGCCAACAUAGUGUGAGUGUUGUUGGCUGGACAGGGAACACUCUGUCUGGGCCGCACAGCUUCAUGGCUCCUGCUUUUUUGUGCAAGAAAAACCAUCGUGGGAGGUUGAAGAUGUGGGGCUUGUGGGAUGUUUUUCUGCACUGUAUGUUAUGUAGUUUUAUUGGUGACUUUAUUACUGCAGAUGAUAAGAUAAGAUGUUUUCUGCACUGAUUAAACAAGCACAUACAUGGACCUGUUGUGUGCAUGCUUUUCAGGGAGGGAAUCACUGGCACUCAGCCAGCUAAAUAAAGGGCAGCCGUAAUUUUUCCCCUGCAGUACAGGGUGAGCUCUCCAUCGUGGUAUAGAAGAGGAUGACACAAGACAGCCUCAAGCCUGCUCGUGUCCUUAUAUGUCUGAGGAGGUGCUUUUCUGUUUGUGUCUAGGUGCAUGCCAAAGCAGCUCCUCCAUUGCUGGCCAGUAUUUCUCUGAAGGGGCUUCUUGUUCUCUUGAAUCCAUUCAACAACCGUCUAUUUCUCUGAAAAUGUGACCAGGCUUGUGCUGUAGCAUGAAUAGAACAUUGCUGUUUUUGUGAAGGAUAAUGUAUAGUAAGCAGGCGGUGAUGCUUAACGCAGAAAUGGAAACCAGUGUUUUCCUACAAUGUUUACAGAUUUAGAAAGGUAACAGGCAGAGGUGAAAUAAGCUGGUCUCCUUUCUGCAGAUGUGUGAAAUAGACUCAGUUACACCCGAUUUCAGCUGCUGUAGGUUUUUAUACUAUAUCUAUAUAUGUAUCUUUCAGUGAAUGUAGAAUGUAAAGAAAGCGGUUGAAUAGGCCGACAACACAGUGUAGUGGUUUGUUUGAAGCGUGCUUCUUAUGUCAUUUUGCAAGCUGGGCUUCCUGCCACAGGACCACACAUUGGCAUUUUGUGUCUUUUAUCCAGAACAUUCUCCAUAACAUUUCACACACACAUUUAUCGACUGUGCCUAACACUGUAGGCAGUGUGUUAUCCCUGAGUUUAAUAGCCUGCCAAGAAACGGCUUCUUCAUGAUCCACAGUCUUUUUUUUUUUUUUCCCCUUCUGGAUGUUUCUGUGCCUCCGGUCAAUACCGCCUGUCUCCUCGAUGCCCUCUCGUCUUCAGUGGAGAACUUUCAAAUCUGUUUUUGUUCUCUCCUUUUCUUUCGUCUCUAUUGUGGUGCACCAUCAGUGGCUUGGCUGUCAGCCUGCUUUUUGGCACAGAUAAGGUGACUCAGUGCGGGCAGAACCAUAGGUCAAAUCAGUCAUGGCUGUUGAGACAAAUUUUGGAUGAUACCGCUCUGAAAGUUCAGAUUGUUAGACAGGCUUUGACAGUUUGAUAGCACUGAUGCAGACACUCAGCCUCCUUGAAUCUCCAUUUUAACAUGCUGAUGAUCAGUGACUCAGUACACUGUCUUGUACCCUCAUGCACCUUUGGCUGAAACUGUCUCCAAAUAUUGCAUUAUAAGUGCACUGAAAACAUCAUAUGUUUGGCUACAUUCAGCCUGGAAGACUGAAAUCACGGCUGAGUCGUGUCUUUGGACGCAAACAGAGUGGCCUAUAAAACCACUAGACAGAUAAGUGUUUGGCUGGCUGUUGGAGACAGUGUAGUCUAUUCCAUCUCAAAAAAAAAAAAGACUUGGAUAUAUUCCCCCAGAGAGGGCCAUGCUCUUCGCCUUAUCAAAGCUGCAAUCUGUCAGAUAUCCUGCUCUUCACUCUGCUGCUGCCUUUUCAUUUUUUUUCAUGGUCCAUUUUUAGAAACAACUUCCUCGUUCUGCUUUUUAUGUCUUCAAGCUGCAACGAGAAACAGUGAGGGCUCAAUUUAUCCUCCAGAUUUGUUGGUGAAUUGCAUAUUUACAGCCUGUCACUCCUGACUUCAUGUUGUGACAACUGUUGUAUCUGUUGAAAAAGACUGUGGAUUUUAUGUUGUGUGUUUGUGUACACCAGAUUUGAUGCGGUUUCUUUAUAAAUUCUCCUCCUGUCUGUCUUCUGUCCUAUCCUGGGGGGACAUGGCCAGUUUCUCGACAACCACAGAAGUGUUUGUUGAUGUUUGUUUGUUAGAGUGGUUGGAAUUCUCUUUACACCCAGAAAACAAUGAAACAGAUGCUUUCAAACCAAAGGAACCUACUUGUAGGCCUCCCUGUACACUCAUUCUGCGUGAGAAUAGUCUACAAACAGUCAAACAAUAGCUGGUAAUCUAAUUAUACAAGAAUAGAAGUCAAAGGUAGUUUUAUACGGUACUUGUUUGUGAGGAGCAGCUUUUGCAUUUGUAUUUUUGUAUAAACUGCUGGUUCUACAAGGCAGGGCUGUCACUAUAAAAUCAAACAUGAUCUGCUCGUGUAUGGGAAUAUUUUGAACCUCCUCUUCCUGCCCCUGCUACCCAAAAACUUCUAAUUUUACUUGCCAGAAACCCGCGUUUAUCAGCUUGAUCAGGACUGGGCGCAGUUCUUUUUUUAUUGGGUGAAGUUCUGCUGACUCUGCGCUGAUCGACCGUGGUUCCUCCUCUGCUGGCUCACAGAUGAGCCCGACCAUUUGUUGUUGUUGAUGUUUAAGACAGCUGCUUUGCACAGAGUCGACAUACAGCCCUAUGUUCGUCUUUUAUUUUGUCAUCCAUGGAUGAGAACCCAAAGUACUUGGAAAAGGUCCACCUUACAUCCUCCAUAUUUGUAGAAAAAUUGCACCGUAUGAUGUCAAGAGUGCAUAUAAUGGUCAGGUGAUAGUGAGAGCACCUUAUGCUAGACCAACUGUCUCAUUACAGUUCAGGGCAUGACCUUUUCACCUCAAGAUUUGAAGAUUUGAAAUUUGAGUGACAGCCCCAUGAUAACGAUGCCUGCUGCAACUUAAGAACCCAAGUGAAAAGGCUAAAGGUCGUAUUUUCAUGUGGUUUUCAAGACAUAAGCAAAAGUCCUCUGGUGAGAAUAUUCAAUGCGUUUACCAAAGCUGUUCUCUGAUGCUCUCAUAACAAAGUAGAAGGUUGAGCAAGUCGUGGGUGAUGGUUGAACACUGCUAAUCUUUGAGGGCAUAAAUUAGAGGCGUGGAGGGUUUGGAAUGGCUCGGUCUUAGAUCACAUGAAAGAGUUGGGAAGAGUUAAGUAGUGGUGAGUAGUUUGUGUUUGGGGGGCCAGCUGGCACUUGAGGGCAGCAUGGGGUUGUAACAGGAGGUGCUGUUGCCAUUUGUAGUCACAUGACUGACAAGCCACCCACUGUCACCUCGGAAACCAGGAGCGCCAGCAGCUCUUAUCCUAUCAUGUCAGGAAUGCUGGCCGUCACUGGGCCCGGGCUAUUUCUGCUGUCUGUCGCUAGUGCUAAGAGUCUGGCAUACAUGGAUCUUUCUCUCUCUUUUUUUAUUCUUCCCUUCUUUACCCUUCCUCUCUUAAUCCUCCUCUGUGAGUGAGUCGCUCGAAGCUGUCAGCUCUUCUGCAGCGGCAGAAAAGUUUUUGUGGCGUGACUUCUUUCCUCCACACUGAGGGAAGGAAAGUUGUGGACCAGACUGGAAGAGGGUGGGAGGGGGAAAGUGGAAGAAAAAAAAGGGGGGGAUCAGUCAUCCAGCCAGCCAGAAGAGAGAAGUGGGCGACACUAAGAGAGUUGAGACUGGAGCCAGAGGAGAGAACCAAACAGACAGUCAGAGAGAAAGUGAGAGGGAACGGGAGCUGUAGGACGUGAGUUGAAAAUGGCACAGCGUCUGCGUUUGUACUUUGGCUCAGGCCGGAGUAACACAGCCCCGGAGAUACUGGAAGGAGACUCUGAGGAGCAACAGGCAGACAAUAACGUGGUCACAGCACUCUCCACGCUUCCACCUUCGGAGUCGAGGCCUUCUGAUGAGCCAGCCGCGCAGCAAGUCCAACAAAACCAGUUCAGUUUGCGAUCAGAGCCUUCGCUUAAACGCAGCUCCUCGAUGUUUAUACCCCAGCUUGCCGCCUACGCCGAGCCACGGCCAACCAAGAGCUCCUCAAUGCACAUCUCCCUUCAACGCUCAAAUGGAUCAAGUAAUGGAGAUACCCGUGGGCUCGCCGAUGACGUCCCACCACCUUGUUAUACCCCUCCAGGACCAGCGCCUGCAUAUACUGAGACACAAUUCCAAGACGACGUUCCCAGACAUCCGCCACCUCCAUACUCUGAACCAGAUUCAUUGAACUCUCAAACGGAGCCGAACCUACCCAAACGCAGGGUCUUUAGUAUCGGCUCCAACGGACACUCUGUGUACGGUAGAGGCCAACCCGGUAUCAGUGUUGGUGGCAUUUGUAUCCAAAGGAACUCUCCAGAUAGUUCUGAUGUUCAGCAUUUCAGAAUCCUCCCUUAUGGCGGUACAGGCUGGUCCGUCCAUCAGCCAAGCCUGGACCAGGCUGUAGUUAAUGGCGGGACACAGAGACUAGUGUUUCAGCUCCAGCAAAAUCAGAACCAGGAUGAGAGCAAAGAGUCUGCCUCAUCCCAGGACGACUGCGCAGAUCUCGGCUUCACCAGCUCAAGAGGUAACCGAGUGGUGCGUUACCCCAGAAUACGUCUGGAGAGAAGACCCUCCAACCACAGGGUGUUGUUGGAGAGUUUACCUGGUGAAGAUGGCCAAACUGUGGAAGAAAACCAGACAGACCCAGAAACACAAAGGAUGGAAGCAAGAAGCAGACCCAAUGGUUGUACUUUUAAAAUCAGCAGGGAUACAUCCAGAAGGCAGCCCCAUUUUAAGAUAUAUUUCACCCCAGGCGGGGCUGGAGAGCAGGAUGUGAGUCUUGGCGAUGAAUCGACGAGGAAUAAUCCCAAGGUAAACACUACUUGAAAAAUUCAGUAGAACUUCUUGGUGGUUUGGUAAAAAUGUAAAUAUUGAAACCACAUUUCAGAGUGAAAUAGUUUUGAUUUUUUAAAAGUAAAAAUCAACAAAAUUAUCUCUGAACAAGAGGUAUUCUGUCACAACAGACAUAAAGACCAUCUCACUCAUCAGUCAGUAGGACUUAUGUUAACUUUUUGCUCUUUUUUGAACUUGAGCAAGAAGGAGCAGAGGCAAUUAACCCUGCCAUUUACAUUAAAAAUGAGAACCAGGGUUAUGUUUUUGCCUCCUGAGUUAUGCAAACAUUGUUGGAUGUCGUAAAUGUAUCACAUCCAGAUUGAGCAGCUGCCAAUAUCCCACUCAUUUGACCCUACAAAUCCAGCCCAGAUGAGGAGAGAUCCGUAUGGUGCAGAAAGAGGGUGGUGACAUUUUGGGGAGUGAAAAACACAGGCAUGGUUGCUGAGCUAAAUCACACACACACUGGCUUCUUUCACUUUGCGACCACAGGCAUUUGAAAUUUCUCACACAACAGCCAAUUCAGCCAGUCACGAAAGGAAAACAGGAACAGGGUGAAUGGAUCAUUUCUCCCUGUGCACUUGUUGCCUUCUGUUUCACAGAAAUGUGACACUUAAGUUUGGUAAUACCCUCAACUGCAGCCAGUGCUCUUUGAGAGUUGGCUGUUUCUAUCUUUAGUCUGUUUCAAGUGUGGUUGUUGAUUUUGAGAGCGGGCAGACGGCAUGUCUUCUUUGGCUCUGGGCUGGUAUGGAUCCAUAUCCUCACAGCUGCUCCAAGAGUGGUAAAGAUCUGAGAUCCAAUUCUUAGUUGAAAGGGUGACUGGACUUGCUUGAGGUUCUUCAAGACCUUUUCGCCUCUCUUCCGAAAGUUGGUCAUCCAGCUGUGAAUGGGCUGGGUGGUCACCUGAGAGUCGUUCACAGCUGGGUCAACUGAGAGUCAUAGCGCGGCUACAACGGUAACCAUAGCUUGAAUAACCAUGACGUGGGUGAAUGAGAACCUACAUAGACAUAAGAACUGAGAUGUUUUUUGCGCCCUAAACAGAAUCAAGAAAUCAAACAAACUUGUCAAUCAAUCAAUCAUCCUGAAAGUCUGAGGUCUUUGUCUGUUUCUCUCUCUCCCUCUCUCUCUCUGUUGUCAAUAUCAACCCUGAGGAGACAUGCAUGUUGAGAGUGCACUUUAAUUAGUGUCUCAUAUUGUCUAGUUCAUUAUUUACAAGUUUGUCUUUCUACUGCCGCAGGUUUAUUCGUAUUUUUCAGCAGCAGUAAAUUCUCCUCCUCUUAAAUUUUGAUAAUCAACUCAACCUCAGGUUGCUGGUGCUUAAGUUAUAGGGCUGCUAUUGGCCAUGUAAGGAGUACUCCAUGUGGUUUCUCUUCAUAAUUUUGCUCCCAGGAGUUGACAGUAAAUCCAGAAACAAGGGUCUUGCCCCACCUCCCACCGUUUUAACCUGUAUAACUUGAGCGUUUGUGUUUCCCUUUUUUUUGGUGUGCGAUCCCAAAAUAUGAUUUCAUGUGUAUUAAUUUAAAGGUACGGAGGUUUUAUGUCAAAAUUUUGACCAAUUCCCCAAAGACUAAGUUUUAAUUGUCUUGUGUCUUUAAGAGCCUUGUUGUCGGCUCCCUGUCCUGUCAAUCAUCUCAGGGGUCCUUACAAUCCCCUUACUCCCAUUUGGUGGUUUGUUACGUGUGCACCCUUAUUUCAUUUUCCUUGUACACAGGGAAAGCAGCCCUGCCACUUACUCCACUGACAGACAUGUGGCAAUAAUGUGAUAAAAUACGCAGAAACUUGCCAAGUAAGGCCUGUUGACAGCUAACUAGUUAACAAAUGUCUUAUGAGGGGGUCAAGUAUUUGUUAGACUGUAAGAAAAGACAGGUGAUUUGAUGAGUGACUCCACAGACACCUGAAUCAAUUUGUGAUAUCUAGUCGCAGAAAAAGCUUUUUUAUUUACCUGUAAUGCGAUUGGCUUGCUGAUAUAGGCCGUUCUCCCUUAAUGCAGCUACAGCCUUUAUUUUUAGUCAUAUUUCUGACAGCACUUGGGCCGUACUUGUAUGUGUAUUACACAUCUCCUCUACUCCCUUUUUUUAAACACGUGGUGUUGUGUUACCCCAGGGCAUCCCGUUUCUCAUGCAACAAGGAAAUCCUCAUUUAGACCAUAAUGACAGGUCUUCCCCCAACUGGUAGCCUGGCGUUGGAGUGCCCCUUUUUAAAGCCUUGCACACACACUAUGAAUGUGUGUGUGUGUGUGCUCCAGCCCAACUGUGUGCAGACAGCUAUGCCACAGUGCCAUGCCCUCGUUCGGCGCCCCCAGUCGCCAUUCAUAAAGAGCUCUCGCAGGCCACUGGCUUUGCUAUAUUUACCUGAGAUGGAUGGGCGGGGGUGCUCUCCUUUUAUUUUGGUCCGGUAGCAUGUGAGAGGGAUUCGUAUUGCUAUUGUUACGAAGGGCUUUUCUCUGUCAGCUCUGAUCUCUCAGGGCUGCAUGGCGAUGUAAUUCAGUUGCGUCAGCACGGAGUCUGUUGAGUAGGUGUGACAACCUUUUCACACUUUACUGCCAGCCUGGACGUGUUCCAGGUCCCUCCGUAUCGUAAACUCUCAGCCUGUUACCACUUUGUCCUGUAGAUUCACGGCAGCUCAGUACAUUCAAUUCUUCAUUUUAUUGCUCUAUCUACCUUCCCGCUAUCUUACAGGUUCGUCUACAGAAACAACAUUUUUUCAGUGAUUAUAUUUUGGUUGUCAGGGGUCAAGGUUCACAUGCUUUGAGCGUGGUUGCUUAGCAGCAGAGGGUGGGAAUCUUAUUGCACACGGUUACUUUUUAUUACAUUAUCCACUCAGAAGAAUUACGUUAUCUACUGUCGAGAACAACAACACCACAGUCUUGCCUUAUUCUACCCCUCUUGUGCCUCUUCUUCUGCUUGCCACUGACAAUCACAUGCUCUGCAGGGACACACACACACACACAGAGAGAAAGAGAUGUCCUCUGUUUAAGUGUCUCCCAGGGCUUGAACUUGACUGCUUCACUUUGGUAGCACACGUGCUGUCGACUUGAAAACGUUGGGGACACGACUGAAAAUUAAGAAGAAAACUUAUACAAAUUAUUGAUUUAAAGAUGAUUUAUGCAUACAGUUAAAAAAAAAGUUCCUGAAAUUUUAUGGCGAUAGUGUUCCCAUGGCAACAGUAUAAUCCUACUUGUGAAAUGAAUUAGCAUUUAACUUAGACAGGUUGGCCUUGUCAACACUUGGCUGGCAAGAAGAAAAAAAACACUGUUGUCAUGGGGAUUCAACCAAUCAAAAUUGAGUAUUUAACACAGACCGGUAUUAAGGGAUGGAUAUAAACCCCAAACCUCCCUUAUGUCUUAAGGCAUGUCUUUGCCGAUACUUUACGAUGUGGGUCAUCUCCGCUGUUUCUUAGCUCAAAUCCGUCAUCUGUCUCAAACCUUCCUAACUUGGUCCCUCCUCCUUCUCUUGUCCGUUAGUAACAGCCUCCCUCUCUGAGUGUAACCUGGCCCUGAGAGGCAGCUGCAGGCUCAACUGUGACCCUUUGAUGACUCUGCAAUUAUAUCCCUCUGCACACACAUACCCACAGCUUAAAAUGCUUGUUAUUGUGAAGGUCUGAAAAAACAGCCAUGUGUGCAGUGAGUACAUGUCCCAUGGGAUACCGCCAUGACCCUGACUGCUUCAAAGGUUACAAACUACAAUGCCACCUUUUUUUUUUUAGGUUUAAACUUUGUGACUCAUCUGCAAAAAAGCGACCUUGCUGAAGUGUCAUCCUGAACUUUAUCAUAACUUCUUAUUAAACUGACUUUGCAGUAUGUCUGGGAAACCUUUUCCAAAGGGGAUUUUUGGCUUUGUGUGACUACGUAGAAAUGCAUUCGUUUGAGAGAGAAAGAGAGAAAAACAUAAAAAUAGGUGUCUUUUUACAUGGAUUAGUAACUCAGCAUUUCUUUGUGAGUCAUUUCUAACCUUUCACUGCUGAAUAUCAGGUCGCUUCAUUGCACCGGGAUCCCAGUGUACCCAAGCUCACUUUGUCCUUUUGUUGAUUGAAAUAAAUUAUCUUUGUCUUAUUUUUACAAUAUAACUUAAAUUAUGACACGGAUAAGAGAAUGUCAUGUGAUUAAAAAUUAUCUUAAAACCUUAAAACUCUUUCUUUAGAACUUUUUUUUGCCCAAAUUAAAAAAUAGGACAAUAAUCUGAACUUACCGUUAGUGCUGGGCGAUAAAACGAUAAUGAUAUCGAAAAUUAAUUUCCCUCAAUAUCAAUAUAUGGUUGAUAUGCUUUUUUAAUAGUCCGCAUUAAAAAGGAGAAAAGUGCGUUCUCCAGGAUUUAGCUGGGUUUAGAGUGCCAAGGCGUAUGGUGUGUGUGUUAUGCCUAAAAGACACAGAUACAGAUGUCCAGUUUAGUGAUGGAUUUAUUUGACUGUGGUUCUGCAGAUGAAGAUACAAAGCAACAAUCAGUACAGCUCACACCAUACAUAACAUGAACAACGAGUAGCAUGAGAUUGCAUUUGCCGUAUUCACGGUAAACAAUACGUUAACACAAUAUAGCAUCCAACUUGGACAGUGAAACAUCAUAAAACUCACUUCUGGCAAUAACACACAAUAAACAACGGGGAUUUGAAGGUAAAUAUUUGGGUAAAAACAGGUAAGAGGAAAUUUACGAACUUUCCUCUGCCCCAUUGGGAGGAAAACUAAACCUUUGCAGCUGCGGUGUCUCACACACAGGUGCAGUGCGUUCAUGAGCAUAGGACAAAUGAAAACUCACCGUAAAACACAAUAUAACUGAACGGUGUUUACUUGAAGACACCUAAACAACAUGGGCUCUCUAACAGGGAUGCUGCCAUUUCAGAGACACAAAGACCUCACAGAUACAGCAGCUUAUUGUAUUGCAAAAACAUGCCACCAAUAAGCACUGUUCAAUUUCAUUUUUUAUAUCGUAAUAUAUAUCGAUAUUGACUGAUAUGAAGAAAAUAUAUCUUGAUAAACUUUUUCCCACAUUGCCCAGCCCUACUUACAAUGUAGUAAAAGAUGUAAAUAAAUGGUUCUCUGUCCUUUGCUUUAACUGGAGAUUAUGUUUCUUGUUUAUCACUACAGCUGUAAAAUUAUCACAGUUAGAGAUGUCUGAAUGUAUCUAAAAAGAAGGGUUGUUUUGUGCAAAGAAGCAAUGCUGUCUCACUCUGUAUUGUUUUGUUUUAGCUUUUCUUUGAGCUCUGAGGAUCAAGGCUAAUACUUCCUCAUCAUUUUGAUUCAGUCAGACAAAAACCAAGCUUUGCCACCCUCGGAUAAUUGCUGCUAUUGCUUAUGCAUUUAUUUUCCAACUGACAGGUACAUGUUACAAACCCAGGUAUUAUGUUUAACAAGACCAGCAAUUAUCAAAACAAGCUUUUAUCUAUUUUUGUGAAUUUGUCUCUUUAUCAAGCUUUUUUAUUGAUGUCACCAUAUUGGAAAAUGUCACUCCACAUUGCAUAGUUUUCUCACAUCCUGUGGGUCUGCUCUGCUCUAGGGGUGUCCUGAUACAAUUUUUUGACUUCCAAUACCUUACAGAUAUUGUAGCCUUCAAUAUUGACCGACACCAAUAUUGAUCUGAAAUUGGCACAUGUCUUUUUUUAUCGGAGUGCUGAUAUCGGAGAUUUUAGAUGCAGGCCGAUAUAAUCCAAUAUUUGUUUUUUUGCUGGUAUUGGGCCGAUAUUCGAUGUCAGUUUGUAUCGGGACACCCCUACUCUGCACUGUGGUUUUCUGUUUUUACACCACAGUUUUGCAGCAACCUUUGAAGCAACUGAAUGAACUCUUUUAUUUGCAACAAUAGUCAAACUGUAAAACUCGGUGAACUCAUAAGCGAUCUAAAAAAACAUGUAAGGACAGUGCGUGUUUUUGUAGAUUGAUUUUUUAUUGUUAACCACAUCGCAUCCAAAGUUCACACAAGCUGCUGCUGGACUAUCUGAAAUGUGGAAACACAUGUUUUCAACAUAGCCUUGUAUCCUGUCAAAUCAAUGUCUGCAAACAAGCAUCAAUGUUGGUUAUUACCCGCUGUCUAAAUCAGUUGUGUCCCACAUACAGGCUGCUUCCAAGAAUGGCCUUUUCCAUCUGGCGCAGGUAAUCACUGCUCCCAUUGUGGGCUGCUGCUGUGGUCAAUCCACCAUCAAUUCAUUCUCCCCUUUUUUUCCUCUCAGACUUUGUUAAUUGUGACCACAGAAUGGACAAAUCUACGGGUCUCUUGAAUUUAUUAAAAAAAGAAAAAACCUUCCCUGGCUCUCCUCCUUCCUUCUAUUCCUCUGCGUGGCUGACUUGGCUUCAAUCUGGUGGCCGUGGAUGUUAUUUUUCCUUGCUGGGUUCACGGGUUCUUCUCCUCUCAAAUGAUACAGCAGGCCUGUUCAUAAAUAAAACCUUUGACUAGAUCUGCUUGGACAGUCGGGGAAAUCUCUGCUGAUUGGCAGUAAAGAUGAAAGUAUUCAUGGCCUUAAAAGCAAAAAAAUGAAAGAGAAAUACAGUUAUUUUUGAUGUACUUUAUGCUCUUUAGUAUUUAAAACUAUUUAAGAUUUGUCAAAACAGAAGUUUGUUAAAAAAAAAAAAACAUCUAAAGGUUAUUUCUGGACAGGCCUGUCCAGGACAAAAAAAAUCUCACAAGCACAACAUGCAGCUGGACUUUGUGGUGCUUAAUGUAAUUGACAUUGUAUUUUUCCCCUUCUCACUCCUUGCUGGAAAUUUGGGUUUCCCCCAAAUGCAUUUAGAAAGCUGUUACUUCAAAAAUAAAGCUGCUGAGGGUGACCUUGUUUUUCUCUUUUAGACCAGAGAUGAUUUCCUGGGCCAGGUUGACGUUCCGCUCAGCCAUUUGCCGGUGAGUUAUUUGCAUCUGUGUGCGUGUGUGUGUGUGUGUGCGUGUGCGUGUGCGUGUGUGUGUGGCCAGUCCGUCUGUUGCAACGCUGUUUUGAAUGCUCAGCUGUUUCUUAUCGUCUUUGCUCCGCCUGAUUAACCUCUGUGAAAGUCAGGCAAAGAGUCAGCGCGUUUGUGUGUGUCCGUCUUUCUUAAAGUGUGAGAAAGCAUUCGCCACACCAGAGGCAUGUUGUUGUGAUCAAACAGGCACUCCCUGUUUCGACUGAGAUGUAAACAGAGGUGACUGUCCUGAGGGUGUGCGACCCUCGCAACCAGUGGAAAAAGCUACACUGGCCAAAUUCACACACUCAAAAGUAUUUGCUUGGAAACUGUUAAAUCUUGAGUGAUAGGGGGGUUUUGUAAACGAUAACAAGAAGAACAAGUUUGUAUGCUCCUUGGCUGUUUUUACAGUUUAGUGUCUGUAAGUAAACAGCACCUUAAAGUAAAACAAAUAGAUAUAGAAGCAGCAUCUUCUCUGCUCAGUUUAAAGCCGUCAGAGCGGUUGUGGCUCUCUGAAGUGCUGUCAAAGUUGUACACCUUAAAAGCACAUCAAGAGAAGGUGUUGGGGUUAAUUAUUAAUGUCCCUUUUGGCUCCCGUAGCUCCAGAAGUUUUGCUAGAGAUAAAAGCCACAGCUGAGUCAUGUUGGGAAAUGAAGCCGGGGAGUGGGAGUGGGGGGGUCUGACGCUGUAAAUGCAGCAGUAAAUUUAAUUUAGCCAUUGAACAAAUUGAGCUGGCACCGACAAGCCUCUGCAAAGCAUCUGUAGAUGUCCAGCUUUGCCUUUCAAGUGGGUUUGGAUUUGAUUAAUUGAUUUUAUGCCUGGCUACAUUUUGUAGGAAUUGCAGUCUUAUUCAUAGUUACUUGGACAUCGGAUGAGUUAUCUCUUUUCUACUUAACCUUACUCUUUAUACUCAACUUUUUGCAUCGUCAGGCCAACAGCGCUGACUCAUGUUAUGUUUGCAUUUGCCUUAAUGAAGCUUACUAUGAAGCAAAACAGUUGGGCUAAAAAAUACUUUAAACUCGGGCUGUCCCGAUACGAAAAACAAAUAUCUAAUAUAUCAGCAUGCAUCUGAAAUCUCCGGUAUCUGCACUCCGAUACAAGCAGUCCAUUCCAGACUCCACUCCGGCACCUCUAGCUAGCAGCGCACGGAUCCAGCGUGCAGAGCCCACAUGACCACGACAACAGUGUGUACAAAGGUACAAACAAAGUAGCAAGGAGUAAGAGUGUGGCAGUAUUUUUCGUUAAAGUCAGAAAAAUACGUUGCAAAACUUGUCAUGCACAAGUUUUGCCAAUAUCGGAUAAAUAUCAGUAUUGGCCAAUAUUGAAGGCCACAAUAUCUGUAACAUAUCGGAAGUAAAAAAAAAAGUUGUAUCGGGACACCCCUACUUUAAACCAACAAUGCAAGAACAAAACACAUUUAUCCAACAGUUCCCUGUUUUUAUAUGAAACGUUUUGAACUGAUUUGGUUUUAUGGUGUCAGACCUCAGAGAAACAACAGUGUUUGGAGUCAUGUCGGUCAUUUAUUGUUUUAUUUUUAGGAGCAAAAGAAAUCUUUAUAAAUCAUAAAUCAAGUUUUUUGUAAAAAAAAAAAAAAAAGAGAGAAAAAUCUGCCUUUUUGAUUUCAGCCCAGAUCGCUCAGCCCUACCAAGUGAACAUGAAAAAAGUUACAUAUUCUUUUACUGUGGGAUUUGUAUUAAAAAAAAGUGUCUUUGCAUUGUCCUACCAUGUAACUAUUCAUGUGUCUUUGUAUGUGUGUGGUGAUUUAUGUAAGAGGCGGUAUAGUGAAAGGGUGGUGGUGGUCCCAGCAGGGUACUGGAUUCCCUACAUGAAGCAGAGAUCUUAUCUCAUCCUAAAGGGAUUAGAAUCCAAUUUAGAAGUCGGGCUUAAAAACUGCGAGUGACGAGUCCAACUCAUUCUGCUCUUCAAUUUUUAAUUAGAAAAACCUUGUAGCAGCUCAUAGGGUAUAUGGAGCACUGCGUGGUAUUAACCUCAGAAAAGACCAGCUACGUGACGCUGAAUACUUUUUAUUUGAAUUCAUUAUUUAGGAUAGAAGAUAUAAAUAAGAUUUUUCAAAGACUAUUUUCCCCUCUGAUUCAUCUGGAGUUGUUUUUCUUUUUCUGUUUGCAUUCAGGCCUGUAACUUUAAUUUAGAGCCUGACAGCUGAUUGUGAUACUUUGCAGAACAGUUUGUGGUAAGCAACCAGUGUGGACUGGUAUGGAGUAGUGGGAGGUUUCAGUGAGUUUCAAAAGACCUUCCUGCUGUUCAAUAUGUAACAGGAGAAGCUCACUGUUGCAUAAUGAUCCCGGACUGGCUGUGCAGAGGGUUCUAGGUGACGUGCUUUCAAACUCAUGACGCUGACACUUUGAUCCUCUCUUACAUGUGUAUUUGCCUGUUGUGUGAUUAAUUGACUGGUGUCAACAAAUACCUCCUUUUAAUGUGCAGACAGAAGACCCGGCUAUGGAGCGUCCCUACACAUUUAAAGACUUCCUCCUGCGGCCCCGAAGGUCAGUCUCUACCAGAAGUGACGAGGCAGAAUGUGACAAACACUGAAACGUGAUAUCACUCAUUCAGAUUAAAUUUAGCAAACUGGAUGACAGUGAUAUAUUGUUCAGCUCACAGUUACUGUAAUGAUCAUAUUGAACACCGUGUACCUGUAGACCGAUGCUCUAACUCCGCAGAGGCGAAGGUUCAUGAGACGGUCAGUUGAACACUGAACGUGAAAAACCAUCUGGUGCUAACAGCCAGUUUGGAAACCCCCCCUGCAUGUCUAAGCAUUACUAGGGGGCUAGGAUGGUGAAGCCAGCUGGUUUUUUGUGCUGUUUUCAAAGUGGGUCAAUUUUUGCUGAUGUCAUCCUUCUAGUCACAAGUCCCGGGUGAAGGGUUACCUGCGUCUGAAGAUGGCCUAUCUGCCCAAACAAGGAGGACAAGAGGAGGAGGCUGGAGACAUGAGGGAGGAGGCUGAGGUAAGGUCUUGGCAGUGGAGACGUCGAGUUGGUUUGAACUUGCUGACUUAGCAGUAGCUGAGGCGUCUUGAUCUUAAUGACUUGAAGCCAGACCAGAUCUUUUUUAUUACUUCCUGCCGCACAAAGAAAGCAAAGCUCUAAGCCUGAAAAUGAAGGCGAGUUUUCUGACUUGGACUCUGAGAAACAUAAAAGGUUUCAGCUAAGAUGGAAAAAAGAAGACCAGCUCUGCCUUUUUUCUCUUUUUUCUAAGAAUCUGGUGAAAGUCUUUUUCAGGUCAGGGUCUGGAAAAACCAUUAACAAUCUUGCCUGUUAUUUGGAGAAAUAAUAACUUUCCUCUCCUUGAAUGUGUGUUGAAGUGUGGUUUUCUUGUCUAGUGCAAGAAAGAUGCUAUAAAUUUUCAGACCGUGAAAGGCUACACUGAUAACGUGACAUUAAGCAGUAGGAAACCCCCAAUGCCACUCUGCCAACUCUCCUUCACUGUAUGCUCUUAAUGUGCAAAAUCUCUCAUUUUGACUUUGACCUUUGGAAUGAAAUAUUUCACACUAGCUUUGUUGUUUUCAAUAUCAUGGUUACUUCCUCGCCGAGCUGUCCAAGAAAAGCCGUUCAAAUUUGUCAUCCCUCGAAGUGAUAUUGAUGCACAUUAGCGCAGUCUUGGAGAUCUCCCAACCUGCCAGCAGCUUGUCAGGAAAAAUGAACUCCAGUCAAUGCUAACAGAAACAAACCAAAACACGGCAUAAGGAAAAGUCCUAACCUGCCACAUCUUUAAUGUGCUGCCACGCUUAAAUCCUCGGAGCUUGCUAAUGUUCAUGUGUGUCUGACAGGCUGUCAGCUCCCUGUGACCACAGAGUCUUUGGCCAAAGCUUCCACUGAGUUACUCAUGCUUCCUUAUCUGUGCCUUUUUUAGGGAUGGGAUGAGUCUGCAGACUCGGGCUCACAGCGACCACAACAGUUACUUCCCCCGCUGCCCCCUGGCUGGGAGGAGAAAGUGGACAACCUGGGACGCACCUACUACGUCAACCACAACAACCGCUCUACACAGUGGAAACGGCCCUCCAACAUGUACGCCCUACUUCACUCUUUGACAUUCUUAUUUUAAACUAGUUCAACUACAAGCAUCAACAAUAGUCCUGGAAAGUAUGAAGUCUAUUUCAUUAGGGGCGGCUGUGGCUUAGUGGUAAGGCCACUUGUCUCAAUCAAAGGUUGGUGGUUCAGUCCCAUCUCCUGCUGUCUCCUGGAAGUGUCUGAAUUGAACCUCUAAUUGCCCCCAGUAGCACACUCCAGCAGUGUGGAAAAACGAAACAGGCACUUUACAGAGUUUCCUCUGCCAUCAUUGUAUGACUGCGGUGUCAAUGGGUGAAUGUUAUUAGAAGGCUUUGAGUGCUCGCUAGACAAGAGAAAGUGCCAUACAAGUACAGCCAUUUAGAUUUCAUGAGGUCUGAAUUUGCAGAUGUAAACACAGUAUGUGAAAUCAAUAUCUUACUGUGAUGGCCGUGUUAUUUUUGUAAGAAUAAUAUCACUCUUCCCAAAUCUGGGCCUGAUGAGAGUAUAUUUCAUUUAUCUUAACUAUGUUUUUCUGUUUGACUGUUGAACCAGCGUUAUCCUGUUUGAGAAUUGUGCAUUAGGAUUUUCAAUAUCUAACGUUUUGGCAUAUUCUUCCUCAGGGAUGUGAUUUCAGAGACUGAAAGUGACAAUCAACAGCGGCAGAUAAAUCAGGAAGCACACCGUGUUUUCCGUUCGAGACGACACAUUAGCGAGGACCUCGAGAACGAGCACCUGGAGCCCAGAGACCUGGACAAUGUGAGCCAGGGGAAUUGACACACUUGUGCAGGAUGUUACUAAUAAAUACCGAGCCACAGCUGUCCUAACUCACAUUAUUGUUGUUUUGUAUUUUUCUCUCUUUUCUCGCCUCUGCAGUCCUGGGAACUCAUUACAGAAGAGGAUCCAAAUGACAGCAUGGCCCAGUCUCUUCCCGGACCCUCCUCCAUGUUAACGCCGCAACACCCACCAACACCCAUCACCCAGGAGUUCUCUGAUGAUCUAAAUUUGAGGCUGUCACUCACCCCAGAAACGAACGGUGAAGUUGCAGGCCCAAGCUCAGCUCUGGUGAGACAUGAACCCCGCAGUGUUGAAGUUGUCAGAACCAAGACGACUUAGUGGCGCCAAUGGAAGCACGUGUAUAAUAAUGACCAUUUUGCUUUGAUUCAUCAGACCCAGCUGUCAAACAGACUGCGAUCCUCCAGUAUGACGGAUGGUGUCAGCGAUCAGGCCCAGGCUCCUCCUCUAAUGGUACAUAUUUCCUCACUCCCACACAUUCCUCCAUCCUGUUCUCUUUCCACUUCGAUUCCCUCCCUUUGCCCGCCAUGUCACUGUUAGCAUUGUGCACAUCCUUCUUUUUCUUUCUGUGCCUUGAUUUUCUGAAGCAGACAGACCCUGGUGUCUCAUUUACAUCCUCUUUGUUGGCAUGUAUCAGUGCUGUAAGUGUACCACUCUCCGAAUCACCCUCUUUGCUCCUCCUGGGAUUUCAAAUUUCCACUUGCAGAAGUAGCUUCACCUUUCCUUCCCGCUCUCUCUUCACAGUUUGUUCCUUUCUUCCCGACUCUGUAGGAUCACUGCACCUCCUCCCUCUCCUCUCUCUACUACUGUCCUCCCUUUGUGAUUCACUCGCAGCUUUGUCUGAUGUAUUGUUAAAAUGUAGGCCUCGAGGCUGUGUGCCAGUAGAAUGACCCUUCCAGUAGAAACCUUUGGCAAUAAGAUUGAGGGCAGCACUCCAUCAGAUCUAGCGUUUCCCAGCGAGCCCUGAGUCAGAGCAUCAGUGGAGAUUCAGCCUUACACUCUGUCACAAGAUCUGAGUCAGAUGUUUGUCACACAGCUGAGUCACAGCAGAGAGCUUGGCGUCGUCUCCCUGAGGGAAAAGUACAGGUGCUGAUGUCAGCUUUUCCCCUGAACUCCGUAAGAAGUGGAUAACAGUAAGCUCAUUAAAAAGCCAUCAGAGGAAGCCAUGUGUUUGACCAGUUUCCCCUCUAUUACUGUGUUCGUGUGUGGACCCAGGAAAAGUGAAGGCGCAGUCACAGUAUUACUGAUGCUAUAAAACGUGCAUGUGGGCGGACUGGUGAUGAAAUGACUAAUGCAUAUAGGAUUUAUCUCCUGACAAAAGCAGCCCUCACUCGUGACAACGAUUGAGUUCAGCUGAAAAGAUGAGGCUGGGUGGUCAUGUAUGUUUUUUAUAUAUCAAUCACAUCCUGUAAAACAAGAGCACACUUAUGAUUUAUAGUCUCAAGAAGAGACAUGGUAUGUACUUCAUUUAUGCUCCUUUGAAGGGAAAUUUACUCGUUACAUCAGUUGAAAGUAAAAGACAAGUGAUCAAGUGAUAAUAAAAAAACAAAACACAGUUACUUCUAAUAUUUCAAAUUUUGUAUAUAAGUAAUUUGCUUUUUGGAAUUUUUUUGAUCUAUCACUUAAAAGACGAUAGUAUGUUUGGUUAGCAUAAUAACUAUAUGUGUACACUUUUUUAUGGGCAGACAGGUGAUGUUCUGCUAUGAAAAACUGCAAAAGGUCAGAAUUAGUCAGUGGUAAAUAGAUAUGUUAAUGGUUAAUGAUCAAUAAAGCAUAUUUCAGGAAAAUAGGCAACCCUGAGUGCUUCACUCAAGACAUCAAAUCGUGAAAGAGGGCAUAAAAAGUAGUCGAAACAUGCCAUUAAAUAAUAAUAAUAAUAAUAAUAAUAAUAAUAAUACAUUUUAUUUAAAAGCGCCUUUCUGAACACUCAAGGACACUGUACAGGGCAUAAAAACACAGUUAGAAACAUAUUUAAAAUAAAUAAAAACUACAUACAAGUGUGAAAGUGGACAGUUAAAGUGAAUAUGCAUUAAAGCUCCUAUGUGGAGUUUUUUUUUACAUUUAAAAGAAAUAAACUGAAAGUCAAAUUAAUUUUUUAGCAAAUAAGACCAUCAGACACAAACUUAAAGAUUUUUUAUUCAAUUAUUUCCUCAUAAAAUAUCCACAAAAAGGAUGCAUUUGGGGCAGCAAAACUGACACAAACCCAAAGAGCCUACCAGGAAUCAAAAAUCAAAGACCAGGUUGAAUAAAAAACACAAAGAGCUUAAAGAGCAGGUAUGAUAAUAUACACAGUAUAGUAGUAGUAGUAAAGAGACAUAUUCACUAUUUAUAUACAGGAAAAGACAUGCAUAAACAAGAUUAUUAUAAGAAUGAAAAUAUAGAGUAUGUUUAAUUAUCCAACAAGAACCUUUUUCCUACCCUGUAAAUAAUACUCAGCAUCAAAUUAAGUAGUUCCUUUUAUUCCUUUAUUUUAGACUUUUUUUCAUGUAGCGACAAACACAUACUAUAAUUUGACAUCAUUUUCCUUAUUUUUCUAAACACAUCAUUAUUUUCUAACAACCAGGUAUUGUAGUUUUCUGUAAAUGGAACAAGUGAAUUGAUUGGAGACUUUUUUCAGUAACAGGUUGAAACAUAUUUCAGAGAUUUCAGGGAAAGUGCUGCUGUGUGACUCAUCUGUAUAUUUUUGGUAGUUUUUGGCCAACAGUGGAAUCCUUUAACAACAAGGACUACACUUCUGUAUAUUAGGCUGUGCCUCCACAGGUAAUGCUUGUUGGUAUCCAAUACAUUGUUGGUUUUGGCUUUGGUUUAGGGUUCGUAUUGACAUAUGAAAAACCUUUCAAGAGGAGGUUGUAGGUGGACUCAAACAGACCUGUAGCGUAUGUAUUUGUGAGAAGCUGCUGUCUGACUGACUUUUGUUUGUUUGUUGUUGUUAUAUUUGAAGAUGUUUCCAAAGUCCUUGUCUACUAUUCAAACUGUAAACUUAAUUUGAACUUCAGCACAGCAUUUCACUUUUACUGUCGUGAUACUUUCAGAGGGCAGAAUUGUUUUCUCAGUGCUGUUGCCGUAGCUCUAACAUCAGUUCCUACUUUGGGUUCAGAUUAAAGAUGCUGCUGUGAUGUUUGAGGAAUAGAUUUACAGUUCAGGGAGAAGAAUCUGUGUCUUCCUCAAUAGCAGGGACAUGUAAAAAACUCUAUGCCUUAGAUGUUUUGGAUUAUUUCCUUUGUGUAUUUUUGUAUCAAAGUCGAUCUACUCUGCUCACUGUCAGCACACUGCUGGAAGUUUUCUUUAUCUAAAUUUGUAUAAUCGCAUCAACCAAUCAAAAGUGCACGCCCCAAAUGAUUCGUGCUCCUUCCUGCUAUAGCCUUGUGUGCCUCAGUGAGUGUCCUCUCUAUUUCCUGUAUUCACAGCCACUGCACUUUCCCACCGGGGCCCGUAAUCACAAGAGCCUCCUCCCUUCUUUCUGUCACUCCUCACUUCCCUUGAGAAUAAAUCCCCACCUUUUGUCCAAUCAAUUUUUUCCUCACUGGACCUGCACCACUGCCCAAGCACCCUCCUUGCCCUGUUAAUUCCAAUGAAAACAGUAACGCUGGACUAAAGACCAUCUCCCCCUGUUGUCUACUACCAGCAGGGUUCCCAGACCAGAAGAACAAGAGCUCAAACAGUCUCAGGUGGUGAGGAGACCAUGGUAAUAUCUCAGUUUAUAUACAGUUUAAGUCCCACCAGUCACACAUCACUAAAUUCCCAAAGAUCACAAAGGAUGAGCUGUUGUGUCCCCUGACUAGCUUUGUGAAUCACUUUGAUUUAAAGUCUACACAUGAGUAAAGAGCCACAGGAGGACUUAAAUCUUUUAUCCUUAUGAGGGCAUUUUUACACAAGCAGGCAGCAUUCACACAUUUUCAGUGGGAUAAGGCAAGUUUCCAGGAAUUGAAUGAUAACACUGUGACAUACUGAACAGCUUAACUGGACUUGUAGUUGUCCUGAGGUUGCUGUUUUUAUCUGUGUUAUAGCUUGUCUUUAAUUUGGAAACCUUCUAUGGUAUUUAAAGCAGUACUACAAAUGUGUCCAAUAGGGAUGCCUGAUCAAGUACCUUUGGACCCUGAUUCUGAUCUUAGUAUUUACUUUAAUGUUGAAUACAAAUCUGACUCAUUCAAACAACAUCAGCCAUCAGAGAACACUGUCAUCUCCACCAGAAUCAAAAGUCUGUAAAAUGAUUUGUUGACAUUUUUAUUAUUGAGGACCCAAAUUGCAGGUGAAAUGUUGUGUCUAACCAGAAGUGUAGCGUAGUAAACCACCAUAAUACAAUAAUGCUCUACUACCUGGAUGUAAACAAGCAUUGAUGGAGUUUCAGUGAAAAUUGGGGUAAUGUUUAAAGAAGGCUGUGUGUCGUUUAACUAAACUAUAACCAGCUGACAGCAGUGGUGUGUACUCAGCACAGGUAUGUGAAGGUUAACCUGCGAGGAGAACCAAAGACAGAGGAGUCCAACCCGUUAGUUUGGCCAUUGUUUACCCUGUGAUCACGUGUUUAGCUUUUUUAAAAUAUGUUGUUGUUAGAGGUUUGCUGAAUUUUGCUGCCACCUGAAAUUGACAAGCUGCUUCUUGAAUAUUUCAUACACUACUUGUUAAUGUUUCUAAACUCCAGAACUCAGCAAGUUUUUUAACUUCUGGAAACUCAUUGUAUGAGCGAAGAGUCACUAAAAUGCACCCUGACACACUCGAUAAAGAGACUACAACCAGCUUUAUUUUAGACAACGGUGAUUCAUUGAAACAUUUCUAGAUGUGGGAACCAGUGUUUCUGCACGUGUGAGGCUAAAAUAUUUCUGAAAGGUUAAUAAAUUAGGGUUAAAUAUUUCUGGAGUCUUUUUUUCUUCAAUGGUUUACCAAGUCAAGCAGCAAUAAUUCACUACUUUGUCUCCAUGUGGUGUUUCUUUAGUGCCUCGAGUUUCAAUGUUUUGUUUGUGAAGGUUAAACUCAUACACAGUCACUAACUUUACAGAGUAGAGUUAAGACUCUACUUGUGUCACAUUGUACCUUCAGAGUCUUUCUUACUGUUGUGCAACCGUAUCAGAGGAACAUUUUAGGCUGUAGGGAUCCUGAGAAAAAAGAUGGUCUUUUGUAAAAUCUCUAAACCUAACAAAUAUGAAAAGAUUCCCUCCACAUGUCUUUACUUGUACUAGUUUGUACUGAUAAGUUUCCAUUGCUUUUCUUUCUCUCCACACUCGGCCAGUCUCCCUCCGGGACCCCUUACUCCUUGACCACUCCCGGCCUGCCCCCUGGAUGGGAAGAGAGGAAGGACGGCAAGGGGAGAACUUAUUACGUCAACCAUAACAACCGCACCACUACCUGGACUAGGCCAAUUGUGCAGGUACAGCAGGUCCGAAGGCUGGCUGGACUCUAUGCAUGGGGCUGGACCUCUUACUCGGGCCCCCUAUCAUGGCCUCGGCCUGUUUGUUCGACCUCCUCGUCCACCAUUCCCUCUGUGUUUCUCCUUCUGUGUAGCCCUUAAAGAAGGACGGAAAGAGAAGCAGCUUUGCAACCUCAAAGUCUCUCCUUCUGUUUUUCUCUGUCUGGUUUUCCAGUCUGUUCCAGUUUUUGUGUGUCUUCCUCCUCUUGUCUAGAAGUCAGUUUGAUACUUUGGAUGGAGUGUGUGACUCUGCAUUGGUCACGCCUUUCUAAACCCUGGCAUGGAACUGCAACCACCAAUAUUUCCCUCCCUUUUUCCUGUAUCGACCCUGUUUUUCCACUUGUCUUCCCCUGUCUUUCUGUCUGAGGCAGCACCACGUAGUCUGAGCUCAGGGAGAGAUGACAACAUGGGAAUGUGUAUUAUGUUUAACACUUUAAUGCCGUCUCUCCCUUUUUGAUGUCAACCCUUUUCAUUUCUGCUUUUAUCAGAACACCGUGCCCCUCUGUUGUUGUUCUUCAUCACACAGUCCUCUCAUUUUCUGAUUCUCAUCUGUUUUUGUUAUUACUCCGAAGAGGAGGACACUGCCAAAUGUUUUAUGUAAUAGUAUCACACUGUUUCUUCAGUCUGUGGUACAUAGUUGUGGCUCAUUCUGAAUGUGUGUUCCUUCUAGUCUGAGUGUAGGGCCCUAUGAAAUCCCUUUUUCACUUCUUCCAAAAUCCUAUUUUUUCCUGAAUCUGAUAUAUGAUUUAAGCACAUUAUUGUACAUUUAAGUGUCCAAUCAUUUCAUAAACAUACUCAGUGAUGUUUCUAGCUAUGUGUCCUGCGUCUCUCACACAUCAAAAUCUAAGAGGAUAAAGUUUGGGGCUACAGCAAACACUCAAAAACCUGAUACACAAACAAGGUCAACAGAGGACGACAUAAACCAGAAGAUCCUCACAUAUACUUUAACUUAAGGUUGGGCGAUAUGGCCACAAAUCAAUAUCACAAUAUAUCGAGCAGUUCACCUCGAUAACGAUAAAUGGUCGAUAACUACUCCACAAGCUGCUCACCACCUCCCACAAUAACUUCGUCUACUUCAGCCACCGCUCAGCCGCUACAACUUUUGAACCGUCCUCCAUCUCCUCACCUGUCUUUCCCUCUUUUUACGGACUGGAUGGGGUGGAGUCGCGUCUGUGACAUAGGAGACCAUAGCCUACCUAAACACAUCCAAAACCAACUUUUGUUUAUUAUUUUUUUUGACAGAGAAUAUAUUGACAUGGGCAAAAUGAAGUCAAAUAUUGUCAUAAAUUUCAGCAUCGGUAAAUUUUCAGUUUAUCGCCCAGCCUUACCUUAACUACAACCAUAUCAUUCUUAAUCGACCUCAAGAUUUAGUUUAAAACGCAAUUCUUAAGUUCCACUGGAGAUCCAUUCAUUUUCCCAGAAACCCACUCAAAUCACCACUUUUGAGUCUAAUGGACUUUCCACAUUGAAAAAUGAUCCACAUCACUGUCUACUUGAAUUCAAUCCAAGACAACAGGACACUGCUUUCGCUCAAGGUGCUUCCUCGGCUAUAAAACACAUUCACUCCAGAGUCGUCUGGAUAUCGCUCAGCUCUAAAUGUAGCUUUUGUCGACUAAUUCCUGUUUCCUGCUGUCAACAAUUGUAAGUCACCCGCACAGCUGACUUUUCUACAAACUGUUUGGCUGUCAUUGGUGACUUACACAGCUGAGCUGCAGGUGAAGCCGUGUGUAUGUGUGUGUGUGUGCCAGCUCAGUAGCUCACACCAGUAUAACUCAUCACGGCAAAGUCUAAAUUGUUUUGUCUUGUGGCUGAUGUUUGGUCUGAGCCGGCCUGUUGCAGUUUCACAUGACUGAAGCACUCUGCCCAUAAAUGGCAUCAACGCAGAGUUAAUUUCUCUUUAUUUGGCUACGGUUCUAUGAAGAUUCAUCAGGAGCAAUACUUUGAAUUUGCAUCCCUAAUAAAAAUCUGUAUUUAUAAAAGUCACACAUUUUUUAAAACUGGACAGUAUUUGUUGUAUUUUUUUGCAUCAUGGAAAUCAUAGGGCCCUACAGCUACCAUCUGAGUUAGAAUUCAUCCAACACUAACUUUCUUUUUUCUUGUACUUUUUAUUUCUGGUCCCAAACCCAGGUCCUUGUCCUCGGGUCUUAUGCAUGAUCUUAGUCAUUAGUAUUUGAAGGAGCAUACAUUGAUUGUCCUCUUGAGCCUAUCUGAUCCACACUUCUGAUGUUUAAGGAGCUCAUUUCCAUGACUAAAGGUCUCUCUGAUGGCAAACAUGAAGCAUCUCUCACAGCAGGGGUCAUGAUGAACUUUUCAGUCACUUUAGUCCGACCCCACUUAACAUGUAAAGCUCUUUUUCUCACUGACAGCUGACUGAAGACGGAGCCAGCACCUCAGCAGCAGCAACAGCAGCAGCAGCAGCAGCAGCAACACCAUCAACAUCAGGAGGAGCCACGGCCCUGACACCCGCAUCUACCCCCUCCUCCUCCUCCAACAACCACCUCCAUGAGCCCCAAGUCCGACGACCUCGUAGCCUCAGCUCCCCCACUGUCACCCUUUCCACCCCCUUGGAGGUGAGAAUUAGACACCCUUAGACACCAUCCUGCCUACCAUCCGUUCCCAAUCAUCCCCAUCUGCUUCUAGAAAUCCCUCUCAGCUUUUCUAUUCUGUCCCUUUUUUGGUCAGUGAAUCACCUCCUCCUCCACUACAAAAGAGGCAGUCUCUUUUGAGUCUCACCCAUCCACGUCCAUCAUGCUCCCUCUCUAAAAUUUUAUCUCCUUCUUUCAGGUUACAUCUCUCUUCAUGUUGCUUUCCUCUGUUUUCAUCCUCGCUAGUCCUCUGGAAAUGUUAAAUUUCACCACUUAUUGAUCUUGUCUUCUUAUUUCAUCUAAUCUCCUCACUGAGCAUCAUUUCCCUCCUCACACUGCUGUUUUUUUUUCCCUCAUCUUCACCUGAUAAUAAGCGAUCCAGUUGUGUGAAACAAUCAGAGCUUUAAUGUCUCUUUGUGUAGAAUUGAUGCUCUUGUCACAGUCGGCGUUUCAUUGUGGAGCGCCGUCGGCUUUUAAUGAUUGUAUCUGGUGAGGUGAAACAAAGAUGAAAGAUGAAGGCGUCGUUUUAAUCAAUCACAGGUCCAAAACAUUGGCUUUGAUUUGUUAAAGAAAACUCUGGCUGGGAAUCAACAGUAUUGAUUUUGGUUAUCUAAUAUCCUUGAAUCCAGAGGCCACAAAGGCAGCCGAUGAAAUGAUACAGCUAAAUGUUUGGAGGUGAUUCAAGAUUAAUUCUAACAGCAGAGAAUCAGUAGGGGUGGGAAUCACCUGUAGCGAUACGAUAUUAUCACGAUACUUGAGCCACGAUGUGAUAUUAUUGCGAUUUUAAACAUUUUGCGAUACGGUGAGUAUCGCAAUACUAUAUAUUGCGAUUUGUGCAAUUUCUUUAACUGUUUAGCUGAUUUAGCAUUUGUCUUUCCCUAAUGUUCGUCUUAUUGAUGCAAUAUUUUAUUUUCAUAUGGCGCUUCUUGCAAACCUCAUUGUGACCUGCUUGCAUUCCUAAUGUCCCUCCCCAGGUGCUGCUAUAUUUGUCUCACUAACUUUCUCCCGCUCUAUAAUCUCACCUCUGCCAACCUCACUGGACAGUUGAUUUUAUUUUUCCAUUAUCAUAGAAUUGAGUUCAUAUUCACAAUUAAUUUGAAAAAAUCGAUACUCAGUGGAUGAGACGAUACAAUAUAUCACCAGACAAAAUACCGCAAUACUAUGCUGUAUCGAUUUUUUUCUCCCUCCCAUCUAGAAAACUUUUGAAAAAUUAAAGCAAGUGAUUUUUUCAUGACUUAAAUUUCCACCGUAUUCUGUCUGAGCUUCCACUUUGGCUGCACACGGUGUUGUUUGUAAUCCUUAAAAAAAAAAUACACACAGCCACAACUCUUGCAUAGGCCAUGAUACAAAACGAGAGACAUAACCGUUAUGGAUAAAGUACGGAGAAGAUGCAGAUAUUCAUUCUUAUGUUCACACUAAGUUUAUGGAGAAUUGUGCCAGGAUUUAAGUCUUAAUCACACUUUAUGUGCCAUUAGUCCUGAACAUGCAGGGACUGUGAAAUCCUCAUCUUCAGGAAAAAAAAAAAAAUCACAGAAGUCAAGCAUCAGUGAAGAGCUUUUACUUUGAAGCAGCAGCAGCAGCAGCUGUAUUUGAAGUGUCUGACUCUGCCCACUGUGGGAACAGAUUAAAUAUUAAAUAAUAGUAACUCCUAAUCCUGCUGCCGUAUGUUAGCAUUCCUGCCUUCUCCUCUCUGUGCUUCUUACUCAUUUGUGAGCUGGUUUAAUAAUCAGACAGUGGAGGUGGUUAAUGCGUUACCCAAAUGGCUUCAUACUUUGUAACUUUCAGACUUGCGCUGUUAGUUUUAACUUGAGUUGGAGAGCAGUGAAAUUGAUAAAUAACUAUAAUAAGAUCAUUAAAAGGAAGCCACUAUUAAACUUUGACUAUCAGACUUUUUGAUCUUUAAUCUACUGUAAUCUCAUGUCUCUCCAUCUUUAUCCUGUAUGAAGAAAAAUACAUUUGUACUUAACAUUACUUGGUGCGGCUAUAAAUACUCCAUACAAACUUGGCUAAUUAACAUCAACACAGUGUAUCUACAAAAGCAUGGUCUCUUUUUGACCCCCACUCUGCAUUAAAAAGCUUCUGCGAUGAUCCUGUUCUCGCACCGAGGGAACAGACCUGAAGGAGGUUUAAUUAAGGUGUGCGGCUGAUUGUGUGUCUCGAGUGUGUGUGUGUAUGUGCGUUAACAAGGCGUUUUUCGAAGUAAAGCAAAGUGAAACAACCACUGCUGAAUGUUGUAAUUACAACUUCCAGAGGAGGUGGGAGGUCUGUGGAUUAAUUAGCACAGUCUUUUUCCUCUGGUUCCAAAUCAGAUCAGUCAGUGAUAAUUGCUGCAGAAAGAACAUUGUGAUGCAGAGAAACUCUAAUCCUGAGCUGAUUCACUCGGUUUUAUGUUGCAAUAGAAGCUUUUACAUGCCAGAAACAGUGGGUUUACUUCAAAUGACUGGUUUGAAGAUUAGGGGUAUUACAUCGUCAGUUUUUUGUUCUGAGAUAUGUGUUAGAAAAAGAGUCGUGAUCAGUGCUCUGGAGUUAUUUCUUUACUUCUCUGCUAUCUGCUGAAAAUCCAAAAGAAGAGUUAGGAUCUACAAGUAGAUCUCGGUAGCAAUACCCAGAGAGGCAGUGAGAAAAUCUGCUUACAAAGCCUUGACGUUCCUCUUUGUUUACAUUUUGAUUGAUGACCUGACAGGACGAUGGAGUUUGCAUGCUAAAGGUCCGUCUCGCUCUUGUGUUUUCAUCACAGCUCAUUCUUCAAUUUUCCCUUUUGUUUUUUUUGCGUUCCAGGGUGCCAACAACAUCCAGGUGCGGAGGGCUGUGAAGGACACGUUCUCCAACCCACAGUCUCCCCAGCCUUCCCCAUACAGCUCCCCCAAGUCCCAGCACAAGACCCAGCAGAGCUUCCUCCCCCCCGGCUGGGAGAUGAGGAUAGCUCCCAACGGCCGGCCUUUCUUCAUCGACCACAACAGCAGAACCACCACCUGGGUGAGCCCAUACUCAGAGACUCUACAGACUAAUGUGAACAUGAGACAAGAGGAGGUCAUUGUAAGAGAUAAUGUAUCAUGUAUAGUGGUCUUAUCUCACCCUGAAGGGAUUUUCUAAUGAUGCAGAAGCACUUGGUCACGAUACAUGAAGAAAAAUACUAAAAUAUUUGACACAAAAUAUUGAUUGAAAGUGAUUUUAUUACUUAUUAUUAUUAUUAAUCCACCAACAUAAAUAUUCCCUCUUAUUUUAUUGCAACAGUUCUAAUUGACCUCUUUGUGGGGCAAGUUUACAUAAAAAUGAACAUUUUCCAUGUGGCAGGGUGAUAUUAUUUUAUGCAGGAAUACUUAUGUUGUCAUGUCUGUCCUCAUUCAGCUCUGCUUCUUCUCUGAGAUUUGUAUCUUGGCUUACUUUUACACAAAAAUACAACAAAGUCACAACUUAUAACAUUUUUGCUGUUAUUGAUACCAGAGCAGACAGUUCCACUCCUGAGCACUAGCUCUGCUGCUGUUUCCUGGAAUGCAAAACUGCAUCCUCCAUGUUGUUUUGCAUACCUAUUUAUAAUGCUGAAAUUUUGUCACCGUGUCAACAGGCUGAAGUGAAAUGUGUCAGAACUCCUUAAUAAUACUAUAAAACUUUCUAUUGAUUGAUUUUUCAUGAUAUGUGCAAUCAGGUUGUCUCCAGCUUUUUCCAUUGAGUUAAAUCAAAUAUGUCAUAGGUCUGUUUUUAUACAGUAAGAGUCUCCUAGUAAAGAUACACACACAACUGUCAUCUGGUAACAAGUACAGCAGGUCAGCACAAGGUCUACAGACAAGCAAAAAUAGCAGCAUAAUGAAAAUGAAUAGGCUUCUCAAUAUUGAUGAAUAAUGAAUGAGUUUUAACCAGGGUUUAAAUUUCAAGGAAAUUCCUCUCAAAAUCAGCAGCUCCACGGAAACACAAUGAUGGCAAACUAAAUUAUUCUUGAACUGUUUUUUUUUUUUUUUGCUUCGUUUUUUCUUUUAUUGUCAUUGAUAAAUUAAUUCUAGUUUAUCCGAGCAAUCUUUAAAAAAUGUGGUUUAGAUAAAGCGGCAUCAAAAAAGUGCAAACACAGAAAAUGUCAAUAUUUUUAUGCGUCUGUGUGCUAAAUAAGGAUUAGUUUACAGUUUGAGUCAUAGAAAAUAGAUGGAACAAUUUCAUGGCAGCACUUAGCUGGAAUCUCUCAGUGACCCCUGGUGGUGAAAAGUAAAACUGCAUCAAAAAUUAUUCGGCUAUUUUCUUCCUUAUUGUCCUGAAAUUACUCAUUUAUAUCGUCACACCCCUCCUUACCCUUCCUCUCCCUUUUGACUUCCAGGAGGACCCCCGGUUGAAAUAUCCUGUUCACAUGAGGCAUAAGAACUCGAUGGAGCCCGGGGAGCUCGGUCCUCUUCCUGUAAGUCACACUCACAAUAAGACCGAGUACAUAUUUAACCUUUGGCCCACAAAGCACAUUAACAGAAACCUUAGAUGUCCCAAUGAUUUCUCAGCUUGGUCCAUUUAUUCACAAAGUGACAUAAGAGUGUUACCAGUUCCCUGAGGUAAUCUUUGAAUGAUAGGUGGUGUUGUUGUUUUUUUUGCUUACUCGCCUUUUUUUGGCAGCUUAAAAUGGUCAGUGUUUCAGUUGGAACUUUGAGGAUGAAGCUUUUCUUCACCAAAAGAUUACACAUAGCUACAAAAAAGGAUUACAUAAGACCUUUUUGCAAUUUCGCCUGUUUGAAAAGAUUUCAGCAUCUGACUCUUCAAGGAUGGGAAAUUGUUGAAAAAGAUAAUAAACAACUCCCAGCUAGUGGGCCAAACGUUACUCUGUUCAGCUGUUGAAUAAUCAAAGCUUCAUGGGUUUGUACAUCUCACAGGCUUGUGUGGUGUGUGCAUGUGUGUGUGUUCUCUCUCUUUCUCUCUCUCUCUUUUCUCCCUCUUUCUCUCUUCUCUCCGUUCUGGUGGAUCUAAUGUAUGCUACUUCUUCUACACCUGGCCAUGUCUGUUUGGCAGAACCUACCAGAGGAGGUUGGUUGGUGCCUCCCUCCCUCUGCCUGCCUUGCCUUACCUGUCUGGUCCGGUCCAGUCUGGUCAAAUGCCUGCAGACAAGCCUUGCGCUUUUGAUUUUUUUUUUUUUUUUUUUUAGUUUAUUUUGAAUUUAUUUUUUUUCCUCUCUCUGUCUUUCUAUCUGUUCUCUUUCUCAUGACCGGCAUGGAUGGACUUGUGCCCUCCCCCUUCCUUUUUUCAUCAUCAGUACUUUUACACCACUUCCUCUCUCUGUGCGCCCUUCCUGCACCACCACCACCCCCUUUUUAUUUGAUCAAAUUUGGAGCCCCCAACCUUUUACCCUCAGACUGCUCCAUGUCUGUGUACCUGUUUCAGUGUCUGAAGCCUAGAAAGACAAGAAGGGAAUGGCCACUUUUUGGCAGGAGGAAAGAAUGAGUGAAGGGAAAGGUUGAAGGAGGGAUGAAGGAAACAAAAAGAGCUAAAUGUGUCUGUUAGAGGAAGGAACUGGCUGUAUGCUGCAUGUGUUUCCAGCUUUCUAAAACAGUCUCUCCACUCGUGCAGCAGCCGCAGACUUCGACACAGAGACUGUCAGACCCCGCCCCCUUUUCCCAAAACCUUGAAUAUCAGUCUACUGUUACUUUUUGUCAUUGCCUGACUGCCGGUGCCGUACGAGUGUGUGUGAUUGGCCUGUGACACCGUACCGAGUGCUCACCGUGUCAGUGGUGGUGUACUGGUGAACUGGUGGUGGUGAUUAACCUUUUUUUUAAUGUCGUGGUCAUAUCCCUGCCUUGCUGACGUCUCGGACGUGACUCAAAUAGGAGAGAAAAUCCUCUCAGCUCCUUUGAGGUUUGUUUGAUUGAGUUUGCCUCGCCUGCAGCGCUGGGCUAUCAGUGUUCGGACUGUUUCAUGGUCAGUCAAAUUCAAUCAAACAUACUUUCAAGAAAAAGGAAAAUAAAGGGAUUUAAGUUACUAUUUGAGCAUGUCCUCUUUGAGUGCUUGUCCGAUGGCGAUGUGGUGUAACUUCCUCACUGUUUCCUGUUUUUUCUGCCUCUUUUUCAGCCUGGUUGGGAAGAAAGAGUCCACUCAGAUGGACGCACCUUCUACAUCGACCACAGUAAGACAACUUUUUCCCUUCAAAUUUGAGUUUCUCCCAAAUUUGAGGUACCCUAUCCAUUACUACACAAACCCAGUUGCAAUAUCAGGCUGUUCUGGCAAGGUGUAUUGCAUAAUGGCCUGUUAGAGGCUGACAGGCUGUUACACAAGAUGGAUUGCCGUCAAGCUCUUUUCACACGUAAAUGAACUUCCUUUGUUUGUGAGUGAGGGUGCAGAGUUUUGCAAGUGCGCCAUCAGUUUAUCUGAAAACAGCAAAGGUUUUCUUUAUUCAGUAGAUAAGUCUUUGUCAGUUACUCUGUGCAUUAAGUGCUCUGUCUGCUUUUUAAUCCAGAUACGAAGAACACGCAGUGGGAAGACCCCCGUCUGCAGAGUCCAGCUAUCACAGGACCUGUGAGUAGUCUCCUCUUACAGACUUAAGUACUUGAAUGAGACUCUGGAUCAACAGCGCUGCGACAUGGAAACUAUAAGUUCCUCUUCUAACAGAGAGGUCCUGUCUCUCACACCGUCAUCAGCUUCAGUCUUACACUGUAGUGUAGCUCUGUGCUGCAAAGAUAAAUCACUUUGUCACUGCAGUUGUCACUUAACAUUCCAGCACUGUCAUGUUACUAUAAGCACCACGGUAAAUAUUGUCCUCCACAGCCCCCAGCUCCACUCCAGGAGGCGUUUUUCUAUUCGAAACAAGAAAUUGAGUUUAUUUACCUUUCCUGUUAGAAUUCCUCCCAAUACAAACAAAUGUGUUGAGAAAGAAACGGACGACUUUUUAAUGUUUUCCUCGUGAUUUUCUCUCUUCAGGCUGUUCCUUACUCCAGAGAGUUCAAGCAGAAGUACGAUUACUUCAGGAAGAAAUUGAAGAAACCGGUAAGGAGUGAUUUUUACAUAACAGCACCAAGAAAAGAGCUAAAUUUGGGCCAAACCUCACAGUUUAUUCAUGCAGAGAAAAGGGGUCCGAUUCACUUCAGCUUUGAUUAGGUCUGAUUGCACCUUAAUCAACUUUCUUCUCACUGUUUUUGCACCGCAUGACACGAGUUUGAUCAUUUUGUUGUCUGUUAAAUAUUCAUCGCAAUCACUUCAUCUUUUUUUUUGUGGCAAACACCUCAGAGGUGUUGAGCUGACACAUUUGAGGUGCCUGCUUUUGUCUUUACACUUGAUUUCUAAAACUGGAUAAAGUUAUGAUUCAAUUUGUUAUGUCUCUUUGGUUUGACCAAAACUGAAGGAAAAAUACCACCGUUCCUUCUUCUUUCUUGAAGCAGUGUCCCUACAGAAUACAAUUCUAAAGUAGCGUUUCUCAGGGGCUGUGAGCUGAGCUGCUGGAUCACUUUUAGCUCAGUGAUAGCUUACAUUUCCUUCUGUAUUGAUUGUUCGCAAGGUUUCUAAUGAGAGCUGAAUUACCCACAGAAGGCGUCUCUUCUCUAAAUCAACCUGAACUGAAGAUUAAAACCAAGUGAUAAACAGAGUUAAGCAGUUUUAUGUUAUAAAUCUGUGCUGCUUUACUACCCUCAGUGGCAUCUCAUGGACUGUGUUUUAAACCCCUAGCGUUUGGGUCUGAGUCCUAGUCACUAGAGAAGAGUUUGAGUCAAACCAGAAUUGAGUCUCUGUUACCUGACUUCAAGUGAAGUCCAGUCUUCCUUGCCGUUAUUGUUUGUUUAUCUUUGGACUAAUGUGAAAUGUUUGUUGACUCCUCCAGGCCGACAUCCCAAACCGGUUUGAAAUGAAGUUACACAGAAAUAACAUCUUUGAAGAGUCCUAUCGUCGCAUCAUGUCACUAAAGAGGCCAGAUGUCCUGAAGGCGAGGCUGUGGAUCGAGUUCGAGUCCGAGAAAGGUCUGGACUACGGGGGUGUGGCCAGAGAGUGGUUCUUCCUCUUGUCCAAGGAGAUGUUCAACCCUUACUACGGCCUGUUUGAAUACUCUGCGACGUAAGUCGGCUGGUUUCUUACAGGAUGUGACAGGGUGAAGUGUUUCCCAAAGCUGUUGUAGAAAAGGAGGUUGUGCUUUAUGUUUGCAGCUGUGAAAAAGUCGUUUUCCUCUCAGAUUUUUGGUGGGCUUUGUUCAGAGUUAUGCGUAAAAGGGCGGGGCCGUCAUAUUGUUUUCCCAUGAGACUUGUAAAAGUUUCCUUCAACUUUGAUUAACCUUUCCUCUCAUUCAAGAAUCCAUCCUGAAAACAAACGUUUCCCACAUACAGCAGGGAUUACGAUAAUUAAAGCACCGUAUGUUUUGUUUCAGCUUUACUGGCACGGCAAGCAAUUAACACAGACUCUGGUUUUUCUUUUAUUUGUGUUUUUAGGGGAAAAAAAUCGAAAUGCGAACCUUGCUUUAAUGAAAGGUUGUCUGGUUUAAUUAAAACUAAAACAAGAUGAAACUUCUGAUGAAAAUAAACCAGACGGAGAUUAUUUUGAUUGAGUUUUGCAUCAUCUUGAAGCCACACUGAUCCUCAGCAGUCAGAUUGUGUGUUUGCUCCUGAGUGCAGAGGGACUCAUGAAAAUUUUACCCUGAACACAACGCCUUUAAAGUCAAACAAUAUCCCCAUUGUGUCAGUGUGAAUCAUGCAGAGCUUUGUUGCCUUUGUACAACACUAAAAAUGAUUAUUUAAAGAAAUCAGUGGAGUUUGCAGCAGAAGCAGCCGAGUCCAUGUAUCGCUGAGUAUCUUCUGAUGAAACAUUUCAGGCAUCAGCUGAUAUCGUUGUCAAAAUUUGUUCUGUUUUAGUUUUUAAAUAAUGUUUCUCAUUAUAACUCUAUAAGGAAAUUUUCACUCAUUCAUAAAUCCUCCUCUACUUUCAGCCAGUCCAUUGAGUAACAUUCUUUAUAUUAGCUUGUAGCUGCAGAUGCCAAAUUACAUCCAUUUUAUCUUUUUGUUGUUUCAUGGCUCUGCGAAAAAAAUGCAACAAAGGAAAAACCAGCCUGUUGCUCCUGACUGCACCUAUGUAUUUUUAAAAAAACAGGAAAAGACACUCCUGAAUGCCUCCUCUUUAAAGUCUUUGUAAUGUCUCUGCAGGGACAACUACACCCUUCAAAUCAAUCCCAACUCUGGUCUGUGCAACGAGGACCACCUCUCCUAUUUCAAGUUCAUCGGGCGAGUAGCAGGGAUGGCCGUGUUUCAUGGAAAACUACUGGAUGGUAAGCUCCCUCGUGUUGAGACUAUUUUAUUUCAUAAACAAGGUGUGAAAAAAUUUGGGUUGUAUGUGUGAUCUUUGGUUUGUCAAGAGCCAAAUGACUAAAGCAAUAUUGGGAUGGGUGUUUGUAUAUUUAUUUUAUUUUAUUUUAGCAAGCGAACACGGUGUUACAGUACAGUGAUGUUUUCUGCUUCCAGGUUUUUUCAUCCGGCCCUUCUACAAAAUGAUGCUUGGAAAACAGAUCUCUCUCAAAGACAUGGAGUCUGUGGUAAGACACGAUUGCUUCUCAAUUCAUCAUGUAGAAGGAUGGUCCUUAAAUCUGAUACUAGUUUUAAUCAUCGUAGAGUUCAUGACACUCAGUUAUAGAUUUUAGUGUUUGUGUGCCACCCCGUGACUUUUUAUUAUCCCUCAUCACCACCCCUGUGAAUAAUUUGAUUAGUAUUGGACACCAGUAAAGAGACAAGAGGUAUCACUUAGUCCAUAAGCGAUGCCAAAUUUAGCACAUUUGAAUUUAUUAUGAUUCUACAUACAAGACUUACCCAAAAAUCUGACAAUCAAAGUUUCAAGACGACUUGAAGUUCAUCUUACCUGGGUUUUAUCUUUACAGGACAGUGAAUAUUACAACUCUCUGAAGUGGAUCCUGGAGAAUGAUCCCACUGAGCUUGACUUGAGGUUUUGCAUCGACGAGGACAACUUUGGACAGGUGUGUGAACUUCAGUCACUUUGACUCUGUCAGAGACUAAAUUUUUAGAGCGGUAAAGCAGUGAAGUGGAGUAUCAAGAGUUCUUUUAUCUUAUUCUUAUCGUUGUGUCUCAGACGUACCAGGUGGACCUGAAACCCAGUGGCUCAGACAUGGUGGUUACCAAUGACAACAAGAAGGAAUACAUCGAGUAAGGACAUUACCAGCAUCAUUUUGUUUUAUGAUUAAUAACAGGCUCAUCAGUUGAUUUAAAAUUCUUAAAUUUUCCUAAAAACUUGUUUUUUUGUUUUCUUUCACAUCUAAACAAUCCUCCUCCUGACAGCCUGGUCAUCCAGUGGAGGUUUGUCAACCGAGUGCAGAAGCAGAUGAACGCCUUCCUGGAGGUAUUAAUGUGCAAUAAUAUAGUCACCACUUGGUGGCACUGUGACCACACACACUUUGUGUUGACAUAUUGUGGUCUCCAGUAGAGGAGUCAAAGUCAGCCUUUACAUCUAAACUCCUCUGAGUAUUUUUUGCUUCCAAAACUGCAGAAUUGUAUGUAUUUUAAUGGGAUAGCCUGUGGUUAUUUAUUGGUUAAUUUAGAAUCAUCAUUAAUGAUGACCAUAUUGACAUCAAUAUAUUGCAACACUUGAAGGUUUUUCAUUUUAAUUUAAUUUGUUUGGUUUCAUUUCUAGGGCUUCACAGAGCUAAUUCUUGUAGAUCUGAUCAAGAUCUUUGAUGAAAAUGAGCUGGAGGUACGGAUUCUUCUUUCCAACAUUUGCACCGCUCAUUUAUAAAACCACAUUUGUGUAGAUUAUACUUCUGUAGAAUGAGACUCAACAUCAGUUUAAUUGCUCUUCUGUUUGUAGCUGCUCAUGUGCGGCCUGGGCGACGUCGACGUCAACGACUGGAGACAACACACUGUUUACAAGAACGGCUACUGCCCAAAUCAUCCUGUCAUUCAGUGGUUCUGGAAGGUACGACCGUGAUACAAACACUCCAACUGAAACAUGCAUGCACACACUCAAGGGCUGAUUUCUGCAGAGGUGUACUGUGUCAAUUAUCGGCCGCGCAUUGCUACACAUCAAACAUUGGUCUCAGUCCUCUUUCCAUCCAUCUAUCCAUCCGCCCAGCCUGCGACCGGUGUGCUGGCCUCGCUUUUGAAGAUCAAAGUCUGUUUGGAAGAACAAGCUUGUUUGCUCUGAUGAAAGGGCCUCAAGUGAUGCCUGCCCCGGUUAUCAUGUGUCUUGACGUUGACACACACACACAAAGCUUUGACACACAGUAACAAGUGCAAAUACACUUGGAUUGCAAAUAAUGCACACAGGCGGUAGUUUUUGUGUUUUUCUCUGUGUGCCCGCAUGUGUGUGUGUGUGUGUGUGUGUGUGUGUGUAUACAUGCCACUGGCUUAAACAGCUUCUUUUUAAUUCCUGCCUUUGCAAUUCUAUGUUUUUAAUAUACAGUUUAACAAAAUCAAAUGCUUUAUUUUGUAAAUAAUGAUAACUGAGAAAUCUGACGUGUGUCUCAUCAGGUCGUCCUGCUGAUGGAUGCUGAAAAGAGGAUCCGACUCCUCCAGUUUGUAACGGGAACAUCACGUGUGCCUAUGAAUGGCUUCGCAGAGCUUUACGGUAAGUCGGCUCACCAGACAGCUUCUACUUUCCUGUGUUUGCACUAGUUUCUUUAACGUCACAUAACAUCUGUUUAAACUGCUGCCCCCUGGGCGUUACGUAACCGUGACACAAAAAUAGUUUUCAUAGAAAAGACUGGUCAAUAGUUGUGGUUCCAAGAAAUUAAUUACUAUCUGCUUUUACAAACUAUACGUGAUCAAAGUCUGGUUUAGUUGUUGUUGUUGUUUUCAUGACCCAAGUUGGUGAUAAAGGAGGUGCAAAUGAGGCUUUUUGUUCUUCAAUAACUAAACAUAUUGAAUUACACUUAGGCUCUAGUUAACACUCUUUUUCUCCUGCAUUUACCAACUCAAAUAAAUUGAUCUUUCGGUUUAAUUUCACUUUUUUUAUUUUGGCAGGUUCUAAUGGACCACAGCUGUUCACAAUCGAGCAGUGGGGGACACCAGACAAGUUACCAAGAGCUCACACAUGGUAUGUCACCACUGACCCACACACACGCACACGCAUAUGCAUGCAUGCAGGAAUAACAGCAGCUCUGUCGCAGCUUUAACGCUGCCAACAUCAGUAUGCCAACAUGUUCACAGUGACAGCUAACACAUUAAUGCUAAGCAGGUGUAGCAUGUACUAUAUCACAAGUUUCAUUUGUUGGCAUGCUAACAUUUCCAUUAACUUUGCAAGAAAUGACAAUGAGAGCUGAGGCUGACGGGAAAGCUGUUUUUCAAAAACAAAAGUUAAGUUACAACCAAGCCAAAGUUCAAACUCUGCAGAUCACCUGAUUUUUCCCUUAGCCUCCACAGCAGGUCAGAUUUAUGACAUUUCAUCCUCUGGAGAGCAUGAUAGCAGAACCAGUGAUGAUGGUAAUUCAUCUGAGCAAAUGACUGUGGAGACAUUUCACUUGAAUCUGCAAAAAUGAACCUCAUGGUACUGCCAGGGGAGCAGUCCAAGCAUCACCAAAGUCAGACUUGUGUAUAUUCAGGGGAACAUGGAUAUCUUUGUAUUUUUUAUAAUAAUACAUCCAGUAUUUGUUGAGAUAGCUUGACUGGGGCCAAAAGUGUCCCAUAGAACAAAAUUGCAUUUAGCUGCAAGCACAAGUCCUAUGUCAAGUUUCUAGAUACCAAGUUCAGUUUUGAUCAUUUGUAACUUUCUUUCUUCCCAGUUUCAACCGUUUGGAUCUCCCCACAUACGACUCGUUUGAGGACCUGAGAGAGAAACUCCUCAUGGCGGUGGAGAACGCACAGGGCUUUGAGGGAGUGGAUUAAAGACGCAUCCAACAAACCAAUACUAAAAAAAAACACAAAGCUACAGGGAUGUCAAACCAGCUGCUGUAGCAGCAGUUCUGUGCAAGCAUGUUGUACUGUAAUGCCUGACUGUAAGCCACCUCCACAGCACGGUGGCUUAAGACUGUACAGCGAUUUGUCGAGCCAACUUGCCUACGUCUCUUUAUCUUUUCAGCAUGGGUAGCUCGCUCCUUAAAAGGUGCUGGGGAAAAAAAAGAGAGAGCAGCCACCGUUGAAUGCUGAAAUCUAUUAUUCACAGGCAUGAGCGACAAAUGAUGAGAGCUGGCCCCGACCUGAACCGCCAUUUCUUUCCCCUCUCCCCCUUGUCCUGUGAAAAUCUACAGUGCUGGAAAACACUAAUGCAUUUCAAUAGCUCCUUUACGUACACUAUAGCACAGUAUUCUGCACCCUUCACCGGGAGGGUCUUAGCAUGGCCUUAAUCUGGCUCCUACAUGCACUAUUUCUCUAAGAAACUGCAAUGGCACUAUGAUCACUACUCUCUCAAAUCCUUAGACCAACACCAGAUUACCUUAGGAAUGCUAGCCAAUCACAUUUCAGGAAAUCGGCCACACCCCUCCGUAGAGCCUGUUGUGUGAUCAGAUAAACCGCCACUGCAGCCUUUUUGUAGAGUAAUGAUUUUGUUAUUUUAGCCACUGGUAAAUAAUUCAAGAAUGGGGGAUGGACUAAUCCCCAAAGAUGAUUUUUACUGUUUUGUCAUCAUGGAAAAGAUUUUUUGUUUUUUUGUUGUUGUUUUUUAAUCAUUGGUAUAAUUCUUGCAGGAAAAUACUUUAAAACGUAUUUGUACUGAUGAACAAUGUUGUUUACUAUUUUGACAAUUCUAUAUGACAUGGUGUGUGAAGUGUAAAUCUGGCUAGUCUGGGAAAUAAUUAAUCCAUAUCAUUUGUUAUGGUGAUAGCAAAUGUGUUGAAUAAAAUGGUUUUUAUUGUAGUGCUAUGAAAGCAGCAUGAAACUGUAUCUUGUGUUUGCUUUGACUACAAACUGUAGUAGUAAUUUGAACGUGUAAUCUGUCUCGGGGGUCGAGAAGGGACAACUAAAACCGGGUUUCUCUGAGAUGUUUGCGUCAUGAUUAUAUUAAUAUUCUCAUGCCUGUUGCUGUUCAUAAUGCUGUAAAUUGUUCAUGAAAAAAAAAUUAAGUUCUUUCAUGAUAUAUAAAUAUAUGUAUGAACUACAUUUAACAGAAGUAUUACUGAUCAAUGACACUAAAAAUGAAGCUGUGUGUGUGAGCGGGUGUUUGAGAGAAAAGCUGUGAUUGCCACUGAAUAUAAAGCAGCACGUUUCUUACAGAGAAAAAAACUUUUCUUUUUUAUGUUUUUGUUUCUCUCUCCUUUUUCUAACACCAUUGAACCUAAAGGGCACUUUAUAGAUCACUCUGAGGUCAUGUCACCUAUUGUAUGUCUUUUGUCAUUAACUUGAAUGUGAUCCUUUCUUUUUUCCACUUGGAGCACUUACCUGGUGCAAUAUAAAUAGUCUGUAAAUCUGGGUUGCUGCUAAAGUAGAAAAAGUUGACAGAAGUGAAGCAUGGACUUCACAUCCUUUAGUAUUCUUUAUUUUUCCUCUGUUUUCUGUAUCCCCCCUCCUCCCCCUUCCAUUUUCUCCCUCCUGUGAUUAUCUCCUUUCUAAUUGAUUCAGUAAAGAUUAGUCCUUUUUUAAGAAGAUUUGUUAUUUUAAUGAAUGACAGAAAAGUAUCUCUUUUGUUAAAGUUCCCACCACUCUUCUGCAACUCUUUGUGGUUCAGUUAACUUCAGUCAAAUAAAAAUGAAACUUCUCA